UCCAAAGAAAUGUCACGUUUCCGGUUGCCGUCGUGAGGCCGGCGACGUCUGUUGCUUAAGGUGCCUAACGUCACACAGGAGAGGUCCUGACUGCUUUCUUUUAUUUGAAGGUAGCGGAGAACGUACGAUUAAACAACAACCGAGCACUGAGCUGCUUUUACAGAAAGCAUGCAUGUGUUUUUCCUGUGCUAUAUAUCUGCCACAAAAUGUCCCAUUACACUAUCCCCCCAAUAAAGAAAGGAAUCUUCUGAUUCAUGACCACUCCAAGAAAUAAACAAAGGGAAGUCAAUCAGCUUUGUCUGUUAACAAAAACUCUUAAAAAGUUUAUCUCACUGAAUUCAAAGUCCCCACAGUGUUACGUUCUACCCUUCUUCAGCAAUUUUUGUUUCAGUUUCUUUAUCCUCUCCUUGUCCUUUCUUUGCUUGUCCCCCAACAUCUUUAGUCGGUCUGAUAUCUCAAAUCCACUCACCAUAAUGGUUUGGAGGUUUUCUCAUGCAUACUGGGCUUUGGCCCUGACCAGCUGGCUGUUCUUCUUUGGCCUCGUGGUCAUCUUCUCUUCUCUCCUCCCUGCUCAUGCCACCAUUUUGAACAUCCUUUGCCAGUCCACCUCCCUCCGUUGCUGAUAUAUCUUCUACAUGUACCUGAUCAUGUUCACUGCAGUGUUCGAGUUCUCCCACUUAAGCCAUAUCAGCAAGGCAGGACCGAUACUCACUCUCACCUGGUAUGUUAACAACCUCACCGGAAGCUCGUCAUUGGCUCCAACCCUGGUAACCUCUUCUUCUGUUGUGCUAAUCACUGUAUCAGGCUCCACUGACUCCAGUUCACCCAACUUAAGUGGGGAGCAUCCACCAAUUCCCCAGCAGCCCAUUCCUCUAUGCUCUCUUCCUGCAUUCCCUUGUACAACUGCAGGUUGUUGAAAUGAAGUACUUGAGGAUCUCUUUUAGAAUGUCCACCAACUUUCCUCACCAGAUACGUAAUGUCCAUGAUGCACUCUGCUAUUUCAAAUGGUCCCUCCCUCUGUAGAUGGAAUCUGUUUGCUUCACCCAGUUUAGGCUGUGAAGUGUAGCAUAGCACUAAAUCACCAGUUUGGAGUGCUUUGUGUUUCAUGCCCCCAUCAUAAUAUGCAUCUUUCUGAUGACACUGAGCUACUUGCAGACUUUGCCGUCCUACCCUUAGCUGACAAUGUACCUUUCGCUGACUGUUGGUAAAGUACUCCUUCUCGUAGCUCUAACUUUUCGCACUGUGCCCAGACUUCCCUUGUUGCUCAACUCAUGGGUUGGAGCUACUUACCAGGUGGCCUGGGACCAGUCUUCACAUUGCAAGCCGAGAGGUAGUCUGGGGAGGGGAAACGGUGGUGGAGCCUGGAGACAUGCCUUUGAUGCUGCCGAUCUGCCCUUCAACAAUUAACUUGUUAUUGAAAUGUCAAGUUCUCAUCACGGAUGUCAGCGUGAGCUUAUUAUGUCCCUUUUGUAAAAAAUAUUUGAAUUUGAGAUGAAGUAAGACUGCAAGCAAAGAGAUUUACUUAACUUUGAUCGCCAAGUAGAGUAACACCAGCUUUGACAAAGAGAAAUCACCACGAAUCUGUCAACGUGAAGACAUUUGACCAAUCAGAGCAUGAUACCAGAAUCUGGUAUCAUGGAACGGUGGCACCAAAGGCAUGUCUCCAGGCUCCACUGCUCUUUCCCCCCCAACCUAGGCUCACUUUGGUCACCAAUAUUUUCCCUAUUUGACUCCACUUUUUGCCUUUUCCCCCUCUGUGGAGCCUGGUCCCAGGCUUCUUAUCAGGUGGUUUCUUCCAUGCCCGUGACAAGCGAUCUUCAACUGGGCCUAUAUCAGGAUCUUGGCCUUGAGCUUGGGCCACAUUCUUGGGUGACCACACAUUCUUUACUUCCUUCCUUUGUUUACCACUGCGCAGCCUACUGAUGACUGUUAGCACCAUACCUGUGGUGUUGCAGGAGGAACACUGAAGGGGCAUUUUCUAUGAUUGCGCCUCAGGAUAUUAACUGUCUGCAUUGCUAUAUAUAUAUAUUUUGCUUUCCUGGCUGGUGUUGGAUCUCACAGUCAUAUUAUUGAAGGCAUUCCAGCAAACAUGCUACCUGCAUGUCCUGGAGGCUCUUUAAAGAAUAUCAACCAUUGCAACAAGUGAUUGUCAGUUUGUAAACAAAACUUCAACCCUGAUAAAUAGUUUCUGAAGUAGUCAGUGUAAGGACUUGACCAAAGCAAGCAUUUCCAGUCGAGUGGUGCAAUAGUUUUUUUCAUUUUCAUUCAAGGAAGACUACUAUAAGCAAUCACCUGCUUAGUCCCAUCCUGUUGCUGCUGAGACAAAACUGCCCUGUCGUAGUAGUGGCUUGCAUCAGCAUCAAGUAUGAAAGAUCUUGCUGCGGGCCGGAAAUUGGAAUAAGGCAGUACUGGCUCGCUUACCAGGUAAUCUUUCAGCUACUCAAAUGCAGCUUGUUGUUCCUGUUGCCAACAAAACGGUACAUUCUUCCUACACAGUUUGUAGUGGGGCUCAGCAAAAAUGAAAAAUACAAGGAUGAACUUUCUUUAAUAGCCAGCAAGACCAAGGAAGCUUUGAAGCUCUUUCACAGUCAGUGGUAAUGGUCAUGUUUUGACGGCUCGUCUUCAUUCUGUCAGAUGAAACAACAUGACCCAGAAAAGUAACUUCUCUUCUAAGGAAGUGACACUUGGUAGGCUUCAGUUUCAAACCAGCAGUCCUAUGUAUUACGAUCAAACACUUACCGUAAGCAGUGGAUGUGUUCUUCUUAUUAUCCAAAUACACUAGAGAGUGUGUCCAGGUAAGGCCAUUGAGCACCAGGUUAAUUAAUCGAGUGAAGCUAGCAGGUCCAUUUGUCAAUCUGAAAGGCAUUACUCUUGUUUAUUUAUUUAACACUUUUUCUGGACAUGAGCCUGCCCAGAGGGAAUGUGCACGAACAGGACUCAUGCAAGGUGCCAUCCCUACCCAAUCCCACCACCCGCUAAGGUUGGCCACACCACGGGGGUUUGCGGCCCCUACUCUUUUUUAAUAGUGUUGUGGGUUCUUUUAUGUCCCAUAAAAACAAAUCAGGGAAAGUGCUGUGAGAUGGGACCUACGGUUUCUCGUCCUUAUCCGAGAAAACUAGAAAAUAUAACCAUUUGCAGAUGUCAUUACGUAGGCAGCACUUUCUUGGUCCGACCACGGUUUGAACCUGCGACCUCCUGCUUGCAGACUGGUGCUCUCCCAACUGAGCUAAUCAGGUGGCGGUCAUAAAUGUCCCUGAUGAGUUGAGAAGGCAGUCUUACAGUGUAGGCCCAUCCUCUUCUUUCAUUUGCAUCUGCCAGUACCUGGAGGCCAAAUGGAGGCAAAAAAAAACAGAGCCCCACCCAAGGCGUCUAACACGUCAUCUGUCCAAGGUAGCUGGUAUAUAUGACAUCCUUCUUUGUCAACUGGUUAACUUUACGGUAGUCAAUGCACAUACGGUAUGUUCUGUCAUGUUUCUUAGCAAGUACCACUGUACUGCCCUAAGGAUGUUGAGAUUGCUCAAUCUUGCCUGUAGUUUAAAACACUUCCAGCUGUUGAUUGAUAACUUCUUGCUGAUAGGGUGGUACUCAAUGAGGAUGCUGUUUCAUUGGCUUGCAAUUACUGGUGUCGAUUUCAUGUUCUAAGAGAUCCGUUUUUCCUAAAUCAGAGUUGUCUUUUGCAAAGAUGUCCUCACAUUCCAUUACCUGCUACAAAAACUGGUCUUUUUGGUCUUCUGAAAGCUCUUCUAGGUCACCUCGCAAUAUUUUUUUGACCACCAUGCUUUGUCCUGUUUUCACUUCUCCCUUAUUGCCACUGGUUUGUUAAUACUGAAAAGGAUGAGUGAGGGACAUUAGUUGAAUCUGGAUCUGCUUCCAAUGAAACAAUACAGCCAUUCCUACUACUGACAGGAUGACAUUCGGCAACAGGAACAUCUGCCUGUAGUCUAAUACGCCUGUCUGAGAAGUUAGCAACUCAAAGUAGAGUUAGUCCAUCUCUAGGGGUAACUAAGGCCACAAUUCCUGCGACAUAGAUUCCAGAGUCUGAUGUUGCUGACAGUACUUAUUAACAAGAGCAGGGUUGGUUACCUCAUUAUUGGUAACUACUGUCGCUUGGGCCACUGCUCCAGUCAGGGCAGUUUUGAGCGAGAUGGCCAGGUUCAUGCCAAGCAAAACAUACCACAUCAUAUUGUGUAAGGGGCUGUCGUUUCAGCUUUUCAUUUCAGUUUACGAAUUUUUUCAUUCAUACCAAGAAUGAGUUCCUUGAGCACUCAUAUCUCAGGUGAAAUUUUCUCACUCUCCGCUGAAGCACUCACAACUUUCACAGACUUUUUCCUCUCAACAGAUGCCACAGCCUCACAAGCUUAAUGAGCACUUUCUGAUCAAUGAACAAUGCGAACAGCCUCCACCAGGGAAUCCAGUUGACUCAUGAAUAGUUUUUCCCAUUCUUGGUCUCUGGUCUCUCGCUAGUUCCACCUUGAAUGACUACACUGCCUUUGGGUAGGCAUUUUCCGCCAAUUCCAUGACACUAUGGGCAAACACUUUAAAAUGCUUUGACACCUAGCUCACAACUACAGUUUAUAAUCUCCCUUUGUUUUGCCUAAAUCAAAUCUAUCAACUAGCUUAGUUAGUGAUUCUGAAAGCUUUAGAAGCUCACUGCUUUAUAAGUUGGUUGAUCCAACUGCGUGAGCAAAUACAUCCUAUGAUCUGAGGGUUUGAUGUGUAGCAGAUUUGCAUACUGAAGAAACUUCAACAGCCACGUUUUGAAAUUUUUACCCACACGCAGCGUUUGAACAUUUCCCUGGGAUUUUGUUUUGGUAGAAAUUGCCAUGCUCUACUUCAAGGCCUGGGAUAAGGUAUUCCACAGCCAUUGAAUUUCUGAGCUCUCCUCCUGCGAUGAACUUGUUUGUGGUUUCUUGGGUUGGUGUUUUGGUGCAGUUUUUGCUGGAGGACAGUCUUCAGCACCUUCAAGCAUUUUCUAUUCGUUGUCACUCAUUUGCUGCUUAAAUCUCAGUCCGUUGCCACCAAUGUAAUAAACGUCAAACAGGAGGGAUCCUGACUGCUUUCUUUUAUUUGUAGGUAGCCAAGAACAUCGGUUUAAACAAAGACCAAGCCCUGAGGCUUUUCAGAAAACAUGCACAUAUGUUUCCGGCCUAAUCCUACACUAUAUAUCUGGCACGAAAUGUUUCAUUACAAAACAUAUGCCUCACAAUUUUUUUGUCAUUCCAUCUGUUUUCCUAGCAAACUGAUGUGUGCAAGAAAACCUCCCAAAACUUGUGAUUUACCAAGUAAACUUGUUUGACAAGUUUUCAUUUCUGACCAGUCAGCAACAAUGUUGCGUCAAGUGCCUGAAAACUGGACUUGUACAGCUGCAGGAGUCACAUUAGUCUGUCACACAUUCUCUUCGCUAUCAGUGUGACUCGCAAAAAUAUGCCAUGAUAACACACUAAACCAUCCAAUAAGAUAUAUAAUUUCAUUUUCCUACCAUAGAUCAUCUUUAGGAAUGAGUGUUGAUGAUUUUGUUGAAGAUGAGGCUCCUAGUUGUCCUGUUGAAACAGAGGUUAGUCGAUUGUAUUAUUUUACAGUCUUUACACUGAUAGUCAACUGGUCAAAUCUUAAAGUGUUAGUACAUGAAAAUGCCCUUUAACAUGUGUCCAAUUUGUCGUAGCAAUGGUUGUGAAGGACAAUAUUUGUUGCUAGGAUGUGACUUCUUUCUAAAAUUCAUUGUAAAAUGUACUGACUAUUCUUGAAAGGUAAUGACAAAUCAGUGUGUAUAGCAUUUCAGUCACAUGACUGUACACCUCUGUAAACCCCAAGACAUGUCCAGCUUGUAAAAUAACUGGUUGAUGAAUUAUUUAACAGUACAAUAAAUGUUGUAUUGACUUUUGAUGCAAAUUCCUGCUCAGCUAAUUAUAAUCCAUUAUUUUUUAUACAGUUAUCCACUCACAAUAUACAGUGGAACCCCUGUUUUAUGAUAUGGCGAGGGGGCAGUAAAAUCAGAAUGUUGUUGUAAAUUAGAGUAGAAUGUUAAUCAUUUAAUCGAAAUAUCAUUAAAUUGACCAUCAUAAAAUUGGGGUUCCAUAGUACAAUGUAUUGGUUCCUUUCACAAGCACAAUGAAAUAUCAAAUUCAAUCUCUAAGGUCUUGAUGGCUUAAACCUUUGGCUCAUCACUGUAAAUGCCCAUAAAUAUCUCCCACUAUUUAGCUCCUAAUUCUGAUCUGAAAAAAUUUUGGUGUCAGUCUAUGAUGUAUUACUUUUAUGUAUAAUUUCUUCUGGCUGUCUCAAAAAAUCCCCACAUCACCAAGUUUCUUUAAAUGUCACUCUCACUGACGAUUUUUCAGUCCAAAUUCUCUCAGACAUUUCCAGUUCGAUUUCCCUUAUCCAUCUGAUUGCUGCCUACCUUGUUCUAGUAUUUUAAUUAAUAAUUAAUGCUCUGUUACGGUAUGUUGUGCAUCUUGUAUUGCUCAAAUUUCUCUCAUAACAUAGUUGGCAAUAGUUGUAGAAAAUCCACGGGCAACAUCAACAUCAAUUACCUAGAAUUAAUUUAUCUUUCGUCAUUUUGCAGUCACUCAGUAAUGAAUGGAACAUUUCAUUUUAGUUAGCAAAAAGACCAGAGUUAUUGUAAAAUGUGCAUUUGGUGUACCAAUCUGAUUUCUGAAAUUUCUUGACUGACACCUAUACCUGUAGUUCAUGCAUGGUAAACAAAUGAAUUUAGUACCACAUACAGAUAAAAUUAAAUGUGGCCUCAGAGAAAAGGAAAUGUUCAAUUUGAUGAUGUUGAUAGAGAGAUUAAGCAUUGUGGGCAAAUGUGAAUCUGUUUUCCAUUUACUUAUCAUUUACUGUUCAUUAGAAUUUGGUAGAUUCACGCCAAUUCUAGCCAUAACAAUAAUAUUGUUUUAAGGUUUUUUUUAUCUUUGGAAAUUUCUCAACUUGAAUCUCACGUUUGCCAUAAACCCAAUGCUUAAUCUCUCUAUUAACACAGCUCUGUUUGGCAUUGUUGUUUUUUUAAUGAUUAUUUAGAGACUCCUUGGGAUUACCAAUACAAAUAUUCAGGUGAGUCGCGUCAAUAAUUAUUCAUAACUAGUCCUUGGAGCUAAUUGGUCGUAAUUUUAUCGUUAUCUUACAUGAUUAUUAUUUCUCCAACACUCGCACUUUAUAAGUAUGUUAUGUGUAUCCUCUAAGAUAGAUAGCAAAAUAUAACAAUCAAUAUUCUGGCAGGCGUAAUGUUCAACAAGUUUCUGAGUUUUUGAAAACGAUCUCUAGCAAGUCCCUUUGUCAUGACGUCUGCCAACAUAUAAUUUGAAGGACAAUAAACAACUUUAACUUCAUUUGAGGCUAUUGUUUCACGAAUAAAGUGAAAGUUCUUUGUUAUGUUAUGAAAUCUUGCUGGGUUCCUUGGUAACUCUAUGGCACCUUGAUUGUCUUCCUUCAACACUGUGGGUGAGUCAGCUUUGCAACCAAGAUCAGCCAAUAGCUUUCGUAAGUAGAUUGCUUCCUGUGUAGCUUGACUUAAGGCAACAUAUUCUGCCUCUGUAGUGGAUUUAGCGACUGUAGCCUGUUUCUUGCUGCAUCAACUGACUGUGGAAUUGGCGACUUUGAAAACAUACCCGGAAGUAGACCGUCGAUUGUCUGCAUCCCCUGCCCAAUCAGCAUCGAAAAAACCAUACAAAUCACACUUAUCAUCAUUUACUGAAAAUUUUAGACCAUAACUUAGUGUUCCUUUAAUGUAUCUGAGUAUUCGUUUUACUCCCAUCCAAUUUUCCUUACUUGGAUCAGACAUAAAUUGUGAUAAAGUUACAACAGCUGCAGCAUUGUCUGGUCUCCUAGUAGUUGAUACGUAGGUGAGGCACCCUGUAGCUUGUUGGUAGAUGCUUUUGUCACAUCGUUCUUCUUCUUCUGUUUGCUUGCGAAACUUCUUUCCUGAUUCUAGCGGAGUUGACAUAGGCUUGCACUCUUUAUUCCAAAUCGUUUGAGCAAAUCUUUGAGGUACUGCCCUUGACUAAUGGUCAGUGUCUUAGCAGCUUGGUCUCUUUUGCUUGACUUUCCAAGGAUAAAGUGAAUUUAUCCCAGAUCAACCAUUUCAAAUUCUUUGCAUAAGGAUUCUUCCUCUGCUUUGAGCAUUUUAACAUCAUUGGAUACAGGAAUGAUGUCAUAGACAUAGACUGUUAAGAUGACAAAACUGAUGAAUCCAUCUUCUCUCUUGACUGUUUUCACAUAAAUGCACUCAUCUGUGGGGCUUCUCUGAUAGCCAUUCGUUACCAAGAAAUUGUCGAGCGUUUGAUUCCAACAUCUAGCUGACUACUUGGUUGACUGUUCCAUUCAGGAAAGCUGUCUUGACAUCCAUUUGAUGAGCUUCUAUCAUAUCUAUCAUAUGCAUUUGCCAGGGCAUGCAGUGUUCUGAUACUUGAGUAUCUGGCAACAGGAGAGAAAACUUUUUCAUAAUCUACUCCUUGUGUCUGUGAAUAUCCCUGUGCAAUGAGUCUUGCCUUGUAUCAGUUAAUGUUACCAUCAGCAUCUCAUUUAACCCUUAGAACCCAUCUCGAUCCUACUAUGUUAGCAGCCUUCAGUGUUCCCAGCUUCUGCCCAAAACUUCAAUGGCAUCUUUGCAUGAAUGAGCAUGGAUCUUGCAGACUCAACUAGUGUGCAAUUCAGUCUUUCUGAAACGCCAUUCUGGUCUGGUGUGUACGGGUUGGAGAGCUGAUGUGCAAUCCCCUUUUUCCAUCAUUGUCACAUAUUCCACGAACUUUGAUAACACUUCACACUUGCUCUUGAUGAAAUAUGCUGUGACAUAUCUGGUGUAAUCAUCAGUAAACGUAAGGACAUACUUGCUUCCACCAACAGAAUCAACAUUCAUUGGGCCACAGAUCGGGAGGUCACUGUGUACAAGUUGGAGGGGCUGGUGUGUUCCCUUUUCACUUUUCUUGGAAAAAAGGAUUCUGUACAUUUUCUCUUGUGCACAUUCUUCACACUCUCUGUUCACUUCGCCACUUGAACAGCUCAUGCCUUCAACAAGCUUGCCUUUUAUCAACCGAUCAAUAUAGCAGUAAUUCAAAUGACCAAAUGAUAUUGCUUUGGUGAUGUGAGCCUCUCCAUCUGUGUUUACCAUGUAGAGUUUACUGUCCACCAAAUGUCCAGUGGUGACUUUUCUUUCAUUCUUGGAUAUGAUACACUUUCUUUCAUCAAAUAAAACUUCUGCUCCCUUUUGCGUCAUAGCAACAAUGGACAACAAGUUCUUUGAUAAAUUGGGCACAUACAGUACUUUGUUUAAAUUCAACUGCAUUUGAUUCAUCAUAGCACGAAAGGUUCACCUUUCCUUCUCCAAAAGCUUCAAUUGCUCUGUUGUCACCAAGGUAGAUCUUUAAGGGCUGCUCAUACUCGUAGUUAUCGACAAUUAAAUCUUUCUCAAAGGUUGUAUGCUUUGUACCACCGCUGUCAAUGUACCAACGAAUAUCUCUAUUCCGACAAGUUGUGCUGAAAUUCAAGGCUAUACUGUCUUCUUGCUGCUUGCAAUCAUGUUCUGCAAUGCUCAAGUGACCUUGUCUUCGAUUGAGUGGGCAGUUCUUAACAAAAUGACCGAUUUGUUGACAUUUGUAGCAUUUCAAACCUUGGUUGGUCCUUGACGGUCACGUUGCCUGAAACUUUCUCUUUUUCCAAAAUUUCGACCACCACGUCGAGUUUCUCGCUCUGGAAGAUGCAAAAUUACCUUUGUCAGAGAGCAAUGCUUCAUUUCAACAAGAGCUGUUGUUGCCUUCUUUUUCUUCUCGUUUCUUGUAUUCUUCGAUCAAAAAACCAUUGACAUUGUCCCAAUUCAAUUCAUCCGUUUUGGUAGCGUUUAGACUACUGAUGAAGUUAUCAUACGACUCAGGAAGGCUUCCAAGAAUUACAGUUGCAAAUCUUGGCGAAGUAAUUUCUUCCUUUAACUCACGCAACUGCUCGGCCAACAAAGUCAUGUACGUCAAGUGCUCUGUGAGAUCAGUUCCCUCUCUCAUUGUAGUGGCAUAAAACCUGCAAUCCAAACACAUUCAAACUGUUUGCGUAGAAUUUCCCAAGCUUCACGAGGAUCGGCCGUCAAGGAAAUAUGAACUUGCAAACUCUUGACAACACUGAGAGCAAUUAAAGAGUAAGCUUUGUGCGAAGGAAGAUCGGAUGCAUUUUGCACUGUAACUGCCACACUAACACCAGGAGCAGUUUCUGUUCCUUCAACAAAUCGCCAUAAACCAUGUUCCAUCAACACAAACUUAAUAUCAUAUUUCCACGAUUGAUAAUUUUUUCCAUCCAAGCGCCCAAUUUUAGUGAUUUCCACCAUCUGAACAAACAAAGUCAACACGUCUUCGAAGAACAAUCCGAACGUGAUAUUUUGAUACCACCAUUCCUCAAGGUUCCUGUCGUCCCGAGAGUUAUUUUCUGCGUUCUUCUGGGCGUUAUGCGGGGUGUUAUUCUGGGCCCAUAACCUAUUAAGAAACUAUCUUUAAUCCGAACCGAAAGAAGGUUACAACUAGAACUGAACAACAUAAGCCACAAGACGAGAGAAUAAAUCACAAGAGAAUCCCCUAGAGAGUGUCAUAUGAUCUUAAUCAAUGAACCACAUUUCAUGAUUAUUAUUUCUCCAACAGUUUAUAGGUGGCCGUUUACAGCAUCCAAACCGUUCAAUUUCUGUCCUACUCAUUGCAUAUUCCUGGCAACUUGAAAUCUUAUUGACAGCUUUGCCUUUGUAUCAAAAUGCUAUUUUGUCUCAGUUAAGAAAAAACUGUCACUCAGCUACUAGAGACCAUUGCUUUAGAAAAUGGGGAAUGGGAUAACUUUGAGGACAAGACUUCUCAACACUAAUUAGUGCCUGCAUGAAUCAGCAUCACUUUGGCGGGAAAACAUGUUACAGUAGGCAUCGUCAUUCUAAAGUACUACAAGUUUUAGUUAGAAUGUUGUGGUGGCAGAAAGGGAGAUAUUCUUUCAUAAAAAUGACCAUGCCAACUUUUAUGGUGGAAAAACGUACAAUGAAGCUUUCUGGACUGAAUAUUAUUUGAGAAUACGCGAAACAAAAAUAAUGUUAAAUUUUGUCCAUGUAGACAUCCUUGUCGUGGAAUCUAAAGGUCUCUAAUGACAAGCAGCUGACUAUAAUUCCUGCUGACAAUUUGCAGUCUCAUGCAUGUCUCUAAGCUGACUUAUCACCAUCAGAGCCAGCCGAGCCUCUAAAUGACCCACAGUGUACAGCUGUAGCGCCCACCCCAGCAAACUUGAUUCUCAAAACCAAGCAUCUGUCUUUAACUUCAAUCAAAACCUAUGCCAAAAUCCUCAGCAAAACACUGCAUUAAUAAAACACAUUUAAAUGAUGGGUACAAGAUACACAGUGUAGCAACUUAGGUCUCACGUGCUUGUUCCACCAUACAUCACGUGACUUACAGCAGUUAGUUAGAGGAGAACCUGUGGGUAAUCACCCAACGCUUCACUACCUCCUCCUUAUUUAAGCACUGUCCUAUUACUGGCCCACUUUCAAAACACUUCUGACUGAGCCGAAAUCAAAUUCAAUUUAACACAAUAGAUUAGGAGUCUCUAGCAACUCUUCUUUAACAUGCCAAAUGUCUACAGUUCUUAGGAAAUAAAUGGUGUCAACUUGUCCUUGUCUAGUUCCCUAGACUGUCCUUUGGUGCUUAUCAGUCCUUGAACACUUCAGGUUAAUCAGUCACCUAAGUUCAGUGUUGACUUAGUGGUUUUCACUUGAAGAUCUCCUACGAACACUGGUAACCAUCCCAGGUAAAACUUGUGUAGUCUACUCAUCUGUUUGAUGGCCAACACCCUCCCAGUUAUGGUCAUCUGCAACAGAAGCUGACAAUUCUGCAUGAAGUUCAGGUUCCCUGACAAUUUCAAAUUUUCCUAUGUAGACAAUUUAAAAAAGUUCCAUCAAUCUGGCAAAGAUACUGGGUGUGUUGCAAAGCCCAAAAGGCAUCACUCAUUUCCUGCCUUGACGAUGGGCUUGUUCACAUCAUUACGUGUUGUUGGUCCCCCUGAACUGUGGGCAACACCCUGCUAGUGUUUUCCAAGCCCAGGUUGGCUCAGUCAUGUGACUUGCACUUUAGGCAGUUACAACAGUAAUGGCCAAAUUCUUUGCAAUCCCAGCAUGGACAAUUGCAGUUGAAAUAAUGCGAAGUAGGUGGGCAUUGUUGGCUACCAAAAGGAUUCACAGACAAUGACUGGGAGAGUGCUGUAUCUGCUUAACUAACUGUUACAGGGCAACUUACUGAGUCUCCUGAUGUUGUUAUUGCACUUGAAUGUCAGAAUGUAAUAUGUCCUACUGAGCUUAAAACAAAUCGGGCUCUUCUCCAACUUCAUCCACAGAGGGAACCUUUGGAAGGCUUCUUCACCCAUCUCCAUCCAAGAGACGAAAUUGCCCAAAGUUCAUAAGCCAGCAACAGGGCUUCAUCAAGGGUGUGUGGUAUAUCUCUUAGUAGUCUAAGCCUGUCGUCUUGAUCUUUGAUUGCAUCAAUAAAGUGCUGGAGAGCAAAUCUUUCUUGGGUGUCCAGAGGUCAGUCUGGAUGUAGACCAGAUAUCUGGAGCAAAAGCUUGAACACUUUUGUUUCCCAGUGGCUAUUGUUGUGCAGAGUUACCGGGUGUAACUCGCUCUAUUUUUCAGCAUCAAACGGAAGCUCCAAUUUGAGAGGCAUAAAUUCAACAGUCUCUAUCAGAAAUACCAUUAAGGAACUUUUGUAGUUAACCACGCAGGCCUGCAGCAAGGAAUCUUCACCACUCCAACCAUUAACAGCAGAGCAAUGCUCAAAGUUUUUUCAAUCCGCAGAAUUUUUAAGUGUGUAAGCAAAUCAGUUGAAUAAGUAUCCGGUUGGCUCUUCGAUAUGCAAAUGGUUUAAAGGAUUUACUGGCUGAAUGAGUCAUUCCUUUGAAUUUUGAAUCCACAAGUGAGUUUUCUGCCAUUGUAAAUGGGCGAAACCACAGUAGCAAACACACAAGGAGGCUUUGGACACGAAACAAUGCAAAACAUUAAUUUUCACUCUUGCAAACCAUCAAAAUAUGGCCAUUGACCAUAGGUAUCCAUGAAGUUUGUCUUUGUUUUACUGCUGCCACUAAUAUAGCACUGAAAUCCUCAGUAAAACACAGCAUUAACAAAACACAUUUUUAUUACUGGUAGAAGAUUCAGUCUUGUUAACUUAGUUCUGAUUAUUAUUCAAGAUGGCAGCUUGAAGAAGGAGUAUUCUCACAAACACAACUUCUAUUGCUACUAACAGCAUUAGAUCCAGCACCUUUAAGCUGUACUGAUCUUGUACUUUCAUAUGUCACUUGAAUUUCCAACAGCCACAAUCCUCCAGGCAACAUCAGUCUUCAUCACAACAACUGCCAUUUAACCUACAGCAGCUUGCCAAUCCUUCCUUGUUGCAAGACUUAUUGCCCUACCCUCGUCUUUAAUUCUCAUACCCCAACUUCAACCCAGUAGAGUAAAUGAUAUAUAUUUUUUGUAGUUUUUAGGCCUUGAAAUGGGGUGCAGAAAAUAAUAAAAUAAAUUUCCGCAGAGUACUGAAUUCUUGAAAAAAGUACAAGUGUAGAAUUUGCAAACCAGUUUGUCUACACCUGAAAAAAAUGGUAAAAAGUCUGAUUAAGCUUCUUUUUUCAAAUCAUAACAAGUGCGUAAUUCCUUAAAGUGAGUAGUACUCAAAAUUAUUAUUUAUACUUCAACUGUCCUUUGUGAUUAUACAGGAGUUACAAAUGAAGUACUUUUGCCACAGACACCUAAGAUAUGUAUGGAAUGAGGCUCAAGGGGAGUUUGAACUACUGAGGUUUGUUUUAAUUUGUGCGUAUGAAUAAAUAUGUAUCAUUAAUAGAAAAUGUGUUUAAAUAAAUCUUUAAUUAUUAUUUAUUAUUAAACAUUUAAUCUUGUUAAAAAUGUGCGGACCAUAAUUUAUUAAGACAUAAUGAGCUAUUAAGAGUGAGUUUCCGAGUAAAGAGUUUUUUCUAAAGUUUAUUUGGUGGGGAAAAUUGGUGUACAAAUAAGUGCAUUAAUUUUUAAAUAUGCAUUUUCAUAUCCAUAAAGACUUUGCUUUUUGUAUUCUUAGAGGUCUUGAUGUUGGUACGUUUCCAGCACAUUUUUAUCAGUCAUCCUCUGGUCUGCAUUGGGAUGUCAUUGAAAGAAGGUAAACAUAUAAAUAAUCGUACAUCAUUUAACAGAAAACUACUUUUAUGCAUAAUAUGGGUCGUGCCCAAAACUGUAAGGAUUUUUUCCUAAAGUGAAUGGAAAUGUCAUAUGGUGGGUUAAUUCAGGGCUGUCUUUAAGAGCCGGGAACCGGGGAUCACCCCCAGCUACUUUCAUUGGAAAAUAGAAGAAAAAUAGAACAAAAAGUUUGAUUCCCUGCCUAUUAACCCCUGUUAACUGUUAUUUUUGUUCCUGAUUAAUAAACAAUGUACAUGGAAAUUUCUUGAGUCGGAUUGGGUAAGAGCAAUACUGGUUUAAAUUAACACAGUGCAAAAACAAGGAAAAAUGGAAAUAUCUCAGGGAUUGGGGCACUCUAAUAAGCUGAUAACCAAUGCAAAAUCUACAAGACCCAAUCAGGAGCCACAACUCAUGCCCAGCCUCAGCACAGCCAAAGCACAGCACAACACAGCCAAUUAAGUGAUCCUGUAUGAUCAGUCAUCAGGGUCUUGAGGUUGACCGUAAAUAAAACAGGUCCUACUAAUUUUGACUAGUAAAUUUCUUUGUAUAUUAUUAAAGGGUAGUCAUACAAAUUUCUUGUUCAGUUUCAUUUUGUGAUUUAUUUACACUUGUGUGUUUUUCAAAAAUCUCAAAUUAAUUGUGGUACUGUGUGAAAAACACACUGGUGCAAAUAAAUUCUAAAUUGAACUUGAAGUCAUAUGAUUAGCCAUACUUAUAACAUGAUAUUCAGAAAUGUGCCGUAAGGAUAUCCAACAUUGCUUCAGUGUAUCGAUAUACAGUAGUGUUUCACGUUAUUGAAUACCUCUUGAAUUUGGUAGUUUUAUGACUGGAUAUCCACACAUUAAUAUCUUCUUAUUGCCCAAUGCUUUGUAAACAAUGUACGUUCACCCUGUAGUUAAUAAAUGGUCACCAUGAAUAAAUUAAUUAGUUAUGAUUUUUCUUCCUUUAGGCAAAGCCUUUAUGGUCCAAAUGUGAUCGAUGUUGAUGUCAAAUCAUAUGUGCGACUCUUUUUUGAAGAGGUACUAAUUAUGAUACUCAAUAAAAGGCUACAUACAAAACAUGCACAUGGUGGACAUGUGUAUUUGAACAUGCAUUUCCUUUAAAUUCAGAUAGUAAAACAAAUAGGCCAUUUCCCAAGCUACUGUUUUAAAGUGCAAUAUCCAUUGACAAUAUAUCGAUUUAGCCAGGGCUAAAAGCGAAGCUCUGGUUAAUAAUACGUGUAAACAAAACAAAUUAAAUCGUGUAACGCUAAACGGGGGACGACAAUGAAAAUGGCUUCAAGACUAAUAGAUCUAAUUAGCAAAAAAACAAAUUGCACGUGCAGCACACUUUUUCUUUGAAUUAGCAAAAAGCAAAUUUGCACGUGCAGCACGCUUUUUUGUCUUUCCCUUGCCGUUGUUUUGCACGACUACAACACUGUUUUGUACGACGAAAACGUCAAACUUCCUAGUUACACAGUAUUUAUAUGGAGAAAUUGUCGUAUGUGCUUACCCAAUAUUUUGUUUCCAGUGUUCAUGUUCGCUUUUAUUUUUCACUGCCUUUCAUUUUCAGCUUGCUGGCCGCUAGCAUUUCUCAUUUUCUCACCGCCGCUUUGAAUUUCCAUGUUUUUCUUCCAACGAAUUUUCAAUAACUCGCUCUAGCUCUUUCUCUGUUAUCCACGUUAGUGUACACAUAAAAAAUAACGCCGAAAAAGACACAACUUUUUUCUUUCUAAAAGUCCGGGCGGCCAUGUGAUUUCCUUCCAAAUAAAACCUUGAGUUGCAUUUGGGUUCCCAUACCUGUUGAUUGAGUUAUUUUACAUUGGUGUGCCUGUGGUGCGGACGGACGGUCGCUCGCUCGGUGUACGGUCACGUGAUUACCAAAUUUUCUGGGAUGGGUAGAUUACCACAUUUCCUUAGGAUCUCCGCUAUGAGAAUUACUUUUGUUCUCAUGUAAAUGACACUCAUUUUCACAAGAUAGGUUUUGUACACUCGCCCUCGUUUUGAAAGUGAGAGUUUUUAGAGCUCAGAAUUUCCACCAUUGUUUACAAGUUAGGCGAGGUGCUGAGAGGAGAUAGCCCCUAGAGGAUGGCACUACAGCUCAUCACUAGCUAGCCAGCAAGUAAGACUGCCUGUGUGGCUGGCACUGCCUGCAAAACAACCAUGCAAUACCACAACCGCACACCCACAAUAAACCCAAGGCUUCCCUCUCAAUGCAAUAAAACAAGAGAUUUGGUUAAAAGAACGAGCAGGUUGAUUUGCCCAGGAAGAGCCAAAAAAUGUGACUGAUCCGUAGACAAACAGACUAGAGGACCCACAGAUUCUUCUCUUCCAUCACUAGAAACUCCAUUUUUGUAAGCACAGUCCUAGGUAGGCCUGUGAGUCUUGUAAGGCUGACAAUGACUUAGAGAAACAACCAGAAAACCCCCAAGUGAAUGGCACAUUGACCAAAGCAUCCUGCUCUGUUAUGAGAUGCAUAGUUAGCCAAGAAGGGCUCAUGGUGGUAUGAGAAAACUAUCAAUUGCGAUCUCUAAAGCACCAGAUUCAGUGUAGCCAGAAGUCUUGAUUAACUUGAUACACAAACAAUGACACAAUUCACAAUAUGUACUGAGUUGCCAAAAAAAAAUUAAUGAUAUUUAAUCCCAGGAAGCAAUGAUAUAGGGGUGCUGGCACAAUUCACAGAAUGUACAUAGUUGUAAUCUUGAUAAUAAUCCUUGAAAGACUAUCAAUCCCAUAAGACAGUAUGAUACCCAAUGAGGUUUAGGGUCUUGAUGGCGGGGGAGGGGGGAGAGGCUUGAGGGGGGGGUAGGCACUCUUCAGUUUCUAUUAUUAUUACACUCUUAGACAAAUGCAUCAGAUUUGUGAAAUCACCCCCAGAGCUCUUAAAGGUUGAAUUAAUCCAUGUUUUGAUUUUAGUUUGCAGAUCCAUUUUAUGUAUUCCAGCUUGGGAGCAUUAUCUUAUGGUCAAUGGAUGAUUAUUAUUACUAUGCAGUGGUUAUUUUAAUUGUAACUCUGAUUUCCCUUGCCAUCACAAUAUAUCAAACAAGAAAGGUACAAAAUUCCUUUUAAGGUACUAAAAUAUAUAUUAUUUGCCAAUUAUUUUUCUAGAAUUUCAUGUUCAUAAGUUAUCUGUGUGUGUUGCCUGUUUCAUUGUUUUAUGAUGGCUGCCUUGGAAAACCAAAAUAAGUAACAUUUACACUUGAAAAAGAUGAUAUGGUACUCAUCGCUUUGCAGAUAUUAGCGCAUGGUUAACAACAGGAAUAGCAUGAGGCAAUGCCGCAAAAAACUUGUUUUUGCUAUUAUUGUUUAACAGUAUAUACCACUUAUUAACUGAGAGUGAGGUCAUUACAGGGAAAUCUUAGACCGAGGCCUUGAAGUAUUGACUGAGCAAUAGCGAGGUCAAUGCAUCAAGUCUGUGGUCUGAGAUUUCCCGGUAAUGACCGAACAGACAAGGUUAAUAAGUCAUUAAUUUUAUUAUAUGGCAUUUUUAUUAUGGACCUGAGCCUGCGAUCAAUUAAAACUAAUAACUGGUCAGCAGAUAACUUUAAAAAGCACGUCACCUCAAUGAGUUGUACACUUCAGCCUGCGAUACAGUCAUGUGACACUGGUCAGUGGGUACCCCUUUUAAAAGCUGUCAAUUGACCAUAACAUGGAUGUCCAUGAUGAGGUCCACUAUCAAGCAAUGUCGUACCAAGAGUCUUAGGGCUUUCUGGUCAGCGUGGCAAGGCUGGCUUGCCCCGCUGACCAAAAAGCUAGCAGACUCCGGGUAUGAAAUUGACUAUCAAAUUAAACUGAGAUUGUUUUUUCCUUGGACGCCCACGCUGUAGCUAGUAAUGCCCGGUCACUAUAAGAAAACAAUUCCUGCUUAGCAACCGAUUAGAGCGCUUGUACCACUGUAACCACAUAAUAAUGUUGAAUGUUGACUCAGACCCUACAAGAUAUCCAAUUUAUUAUUGUUCUAAUGGCGAAAAAUGUUUUCAGCACCUAGUGACAUUAAGGAACAUGGUGGCAUUGUCAGAGAGAGUAACCGUACUCCGGAAUAAUGCUGGUGAGUUUUUUAUAAUUAUUGUAAAUCCAUUAAUUGUGCAUUUAAAUAGUAUAUUUAGUUUUACAUUUUGAAUCAUUGUGUUUAUAGCAGAUUUGUAGUACACAUUGCCAAACAUGUAAUCAAAAAGUAGUUUGGAAAUAGGCUGAGAAACAAUCAGAUCUGAUCAAACUUUGACUAUAGUGGAAAAAGGUAUUUUACAAGAUUAUUUAAAUCAUUUAAAGUUAUGAGGUUUUUGACCUCUGACCACUCUUAUAACAAAAGCCUUGAAAACAAACAACAGAGAGACGAUUAAGCAUCUCCUCAGUGCUUUGUUUUACAACUCCCACACCAAAAAAACAAACAUAAAAAAAUCUAUCAGGGGUUGGCUGCACUAUAAAUUCAUUAAAAAGGCAACACACAUUUUUUUUUUCUUAAGUCAAUAUACAUUUGUUUUUUUUUUAAUUUUGCCGUGAUGAGUGAUUCAACAUAUUUCAUACUGGAUUAUUCCGUUGGUUAAGGUUUUCAAUUUCCAAAGCUAGGUCAGUUUGUGGAGAAUCCAAAAAAUAUUUAUUUUUAUUAGAUUUAUUAGAAUGCAGGGUUAACAAGGCUUGUUGAAAUAUUUCAUAUAAGACAUUUACCAGAUGGUAAAUGCAGUUAAUGGCACAUGAAGCCCCCGGGGGGGGGGGGGGGGUAGGCUAAGGUAGCCUGCCCCAAUGUAUGCUCUGUUUGAUCUUUAAAGCCUUAUUUAUGAAUGAAAGCACGCUAAUUUUGGGAUACAAACUAAAGCUGUGCGUAGUUGGAACGUGGCUAAUUUGUCGUAUGUUUGUUAUCGUACUUUUCUUAGAAUCGCGCAGAUUGGUCCCUGUUUUCAAGACCCUAUUCAUGGCUCGACUUUAAUCAUGAUAAGACUAGGUAGCUCAUGGUACAACUGUAUUCACUGGUCGAGAUUUGAGACACUGUCUAGCUAUAAAGUUCUGCUAUUUCAGACCUGGUCAUUAUUCGUCUAGCUUGCACGAAAGCAAACAGUUACAGUAAUUUUGUUACAGGGCUGUGCCCCCCCCUUAUUACGCCAUAUUGUAGUUAUUGUCUUAUUUGCCUGCGUGCGCUAUUUAGUUGUGUUACCUUUUCAUGCGUAUCUUAAGCGGAAUAGUGACAUUAACUGCACAUAAAGUUGCCAAAAAAUGCCCGGCAAAGAUAACUGAUGUUGUUGCACGUGACCAUAAGUUAAUUAAGGAAUGGCCAUUGUAAUUUUCUUCUUACAUGGCCCUGUACUGCAGGUAGAUGUAGUUACACAUAUUUCCACUACUAAUUAUUUUAUUCCUCUUUCAACAUGACAAAGCUCAAGUGGAUGUGUCAUCUGAAGAUCUUGUCCCUGGAGAUGUGCUAGUUAUUCCACCAAAUGGAGCCAUGAUUCAUUGUGAUGCUGUUCUUAUUAGUGGCAACUGUAUUGUAAACGAGAGUAUGUUGACAGGUACAGAAUAUGAUAUAUUGCUGAAUGAUCAAGAUUCCUUUGAAACAACAUAAACGUCUUUCUAUUAUAGUCCAUUUUUUCAGAAGACCUCAGACUUUGUACGGUGCUGGUCAUAAAAGUCAAAAAUUCAAAUAAAACAGAAAGUCAAAUAGAAUGUCAGUGCACAUGGUUUCCAGCUACACAACAUCUGGAUCAUGGUGGUCUCCCGUGCGGCCAUUUUCGUUUCCUCACGCAUCGUUUGCGUGGCAAGACAAAAUCGGCUGCUGAGACCCCAUUUUGCUUGACACAUUAUGGCAGAGUCGGGCAGUUUGUUCUAAUCACGUAUGGUUUUUAGAAGGAAAAACAAAGAUGCAGGUAAUAGUUGAUAGUUGAACAAAACUCAUGGCAUUUUACGACUGUUUGAGUUGACAAGCAGUGAACCUUGAAUUUCCGCAACACAUUGGUGAUCCUGGACUGCCCAUGACUACCCAGUUAGUGUGUAUUCUAGGCUAUAGUUUGACUAAUUAUAAGCAAGUCAAGCAACCAGUAUGCAUAUAUUAAAGGCAAAGCUGUCCUUUUUCUUUGGAGAAAGUUAGUUCCGUGUGCCACAGUACCCUUCACAGUCGUCAGUGCUAAAUUUUAUCUCCAUGAUGCUAGUCAAGGUACUCAAAGGAGUAUGCUCCAUCUUGUGAAUCUCAAGAGCGUUACUUGCAAGUGACAAGCUAUAUACGUAUUUAUCAAUAUCUAGGUGAGAGUGUCCCAGUCACCAAAACUCCUCUGCCACACAGUAAAAGAUCAUCAAGCUCUUCUGCAGAACAAAAAGAAAAACAGUACAAUCCUGAAAGGGAUAAGAGGCACACUCUGUUUAGUGGAACAAAAGUAAUACAAACUCGUUAUUAUGGCCGCCAUGCUAGAGUUCUUGCAAUGGUCAUUAGAACUGGUAGGUAGUAUUUCCUUUUAGGUGAGUAGCAUUGGUGUCACUUUUGGAUUUUCAUUGAUCACUAAUACAUUAUGUCUUAACAAGUUCCGCGACUUUGGAUCACUUUCAAAGCACUUCUUGUACUGCAAAUUUCUUGCAGUUUUUAAUUCUUCAAUCUGAAAUGUGGAAUUUUUUUGUGUGUUAGUUCUUCCUAAUUCGUUGUUCAGUGACGAUAAUUAUAUCACCUGUUUUGCAGGAUUUUCCACUACAAAGGGUGGCUUAAUUCGUUCUAUUCUUAACCCCAAGCCUGUGGGCUUUAAAUUCUUCAGAGACUCCAUGCGAUUUAUUGGUAUCUUGGCUAUACUUGGUAAGUAGCGAUCAAAAAUUCAAAUGACUUAUGUAGAGAAGUUCAAAACGGUUUGUUCAUUUACUCUUUUUCCUUUUAACAAAAUCAAGCAAUGAACAGGGCUUCUGGUUUUCUAUUUGGAAAAAGACAAAAUAGCCAACAAACAAUGUAAAUUAUACACCUCGUUGUUUUUUUAAAGAAAUAUUAGCAACUGAUCAGUGAAUUUUUUUUAAUCAGCAUUGGUUGGAUUCUCCUACAGUGUGUACGUUUUUGUCAAGCAAGGGGUAAGAUUCUAAUUUGUAGAUAAACUAGUCCUUUUUAUUGGUAUGUAAGUCGACCGUAUUUCUUAUAAAUUGAUGUGAUGUCAUUAUUGUUUUACGCACUUGUAUUAAUUGCACUGACAAAAUGUAAUAGGUUUGAAAUUGCUUUUGAAAUGACCUACUGGCUGAAGUCUAUCAUUUUCAGAAGAAAGUUUGUUAUUAUGAAAGGAAAUAUAAUAACAUAACCUCAAGAUGAGGAAAAUAAAAUUUUAAAACAUCUUGAAAAGGUAAACUAGAUGUUGACCUUGUGAAGUUUCUCUAAAUAAAGAGAUAAAACCGUUAUUAGCUAUGUACAAUAGAAAUAUAUAAAAUAGGACAUUUAAAAACUGGACUAUUUACCAAAUAUAAAUUGAAUUACUAAUUAACAAUUACAACAAUAGAUGAACAACUACAGAUGGAUAUUUAGGAAGCGCUUCAGCGCACUCUUAAAACGGUGCAAGCUCCCAGCCUCAACAAUAGACCCUGAUAGACUAUUCCUGUCCCAAACGAUUAGAAUAGGAAAAUAAUAUUUAUAUGGAUUACUCUUUGCUGGCUUAACAUAUAGCUUAUCUAGGUAGUUUGCGCGGGUUGAAUUGCACUUGGUAAAUUAAAAAAGAUCGUCAAAGUUUAGUUUGUUUAUGCCAAAACCGAUCUUGUAGUAUUCAACUAAAGUAAGAAACAAUCUACGUGUUUCGAGUAGCCUGCGUGGCAGGCGCAAAAAGGGGAGGGGGAGGGGGGAGGGGGGAGGGGGGAGGGAGAAAGGGAAAAGGGAAGGGAGCGCCUGCUCUAAGAGCCUAUGUUUUUGCAUAACGCCCACCAAUUUUCUAGUAAUCCGAUUACGCUUACUGUCAAUCAAGUGUCGCUACACUCGCCAUUGCAGAAAAACAUUACACUCACGGACUAAAGAAAUUCGCUUAGUUAUUCAGAUCCAGAGGGCACUUUGGAGAAAAUUGGAACCCUUAUUCAGCCGUAAUAAAAAAAAGCUUUACGCUUCAGAAGAGGUCAAAGAAAUGCGCUUGCAUCAGAAGGUAAAUCCUGCCGACCAGAAAACAAUAACUACAGUCAAUCGAUAUGUAUGUCAUGACCUCUCAGUGUGAAACAUGCGUUUAAAAUAAUAUUUGCCCAGUAUAAAUGCAGAACCUUCCAGAGCAUAAUCUACCCAGCUGGGUAGCCCAACAAUUCCAUCUCCUGCAACUGGUCUUCGAUAAUACUUUUCAGUGGCGAAAUGACGAGAAUCGCCGCAUUACCAUUUAGCUCGUAGUUCUUCGCGCGUACAAACAUUUGGUAAAUUAAACUCUUGCCGUAUCCGGUCCGCAAAACCGCCAGAACAUCUCUGUCGGCUAAAAGAGCCCUUACUGCUGAUUCUUGCUCUGGUUUUAAAACAGUUUCUCUACCACUAGAUAAAUUCACAUCUCUCAAAGCACUCUCUACGACAUCCACGUCUACCGCUGCCAGCUCGACUGUUUGUUGAUUUGUGAAACGCGCAUUUCAAUAUGUUACUCAUUACGGCUCAGCCAAUCAGGAAUUUGCGGACGCCAGCGUCCGCAGAUAUGAACAAAAGGGGGUUCUUAGAGCAGGCGUCCCCUCCCCCUCUCCCCAAUCCCCCUCCCCUUUUUCCCUUCCUCCUUAUCCCCUACCCCCUACCCCUUUCGACGCCUGCUACGCAGGCUAUGUUUCGAGUGAAGGCCACUUCAGCUUCCCUAAACGAUCUUCGUAUUCCAUCUCCCCGCAUUUUUGCCCGAGAGCAAGCUGAGAGGUUCUUCACCGAACUUUUUCUAACGCUAGCACAUCCUUAGGCAAAAAUGAAUUCCAAACCAGUGGAGCAUAUUCAAGAACCGGGCGCAUAAGAGAUUUGUAUAACGUAGAGAAUGCACCGGGAUUCGACCAGCUUACCGUUCUGUGAACCAGACCCAAUAAUUUGUUGGCUUUAUUAACGGUCACAUUAACAUGUUCGCUCCAAGGUAAACCCGAAGAAACCAUAAUGCCCAAAUCCUUGAUGCACUCUCAUACCCAAUAAGUGUGUAGGGAGGAGAGGUCACAUUUGUGUGUUAUUCGUAAAACUUCGCACUUAUCGAAGUUGAAACGCAGUUGCCAUUUUGUUGCCCAGGAUACUAACUGAUAUACACCAAAUUGUAGGGUUUCAAUGUCCCUUGCUAUGUUUGACAGUUCUCUGUGUACUUUGGUGUCGUCAGCAAACAUUCAUAAUGUAGAAGAGAUGUUAGAUGACAUGUAAUUGACGCAAAUUAGAAUUAAAUUGAACCCAGGAGCAUACCUUGGGGAACCCCCAACGUUACACAAGACCAGGAUGAGAAGGUGCCUCGAACAACAACGCGUUGUUUGCAGUCGCGUUGUUUGAGGCACAGAGUCAAACGCUUUUGAGAAGUCUAAAAAACAACAUCAGUGGGUCUCGAUUUAUGAUAAUUAUGCUAAAGCAAAAAAAAGUUAUUUCCUCUUGGUUUGCUGAUAAUAUGCUUUAAAGCUGAAGCUGAUGAGUAUUCAUAAUAUCAUAACAGCUUUCCCUUGUUGUGUAGGUGUUAUGCAUGUUCUUUGACUGCUUUCCAGAUGUCUGUUGGUAAAAUCAUGCUACAAGCCUUGGAUAUCAUCACUGUAGCCGUCCCACCUGCUCUUCCCGCAGCUAUGUCAGUUGGGAUUGUUUAUGCUCUUCAGAGGCUAAAAAAGAGACAGAUUUACUGCAUAGAUCCACCCAGGUACACAUCCUCCUCCUUCUCCUUCUCCUCCUUCUUCUCCUCCUUCUUCUUGUCCUCCUUCUUCUUGUCCUCCUUGUCCUUGUCCUUCUCCUCCUCCUUCUUCACCUCUUUUUUCUUCUCCUUCUCCUCCUCCUUCUUCUCCUCCUCUUCCUCCUUCUUCUCCUUCUCCUUCUCCUCCUCCUCCUCCUGCUCAUCGCCUUCUCUGCUUCCUUUCAAAAUCCUCGCUAGUUAGUGCCACUUUUUUGAUCAGAGACAGGUUCAAAGGUUCAAAAUGUUUCAGAACAUAAGUAAUGAUCCUGAUCGCAAAUUAACAAGAUUCAGAUGGUUACCAGAGCCAAACAAAUGCACUUUUAAUCUGUACCUUUAUUCUGAGGAGUGAUAUCACGUUCUCUUUUGCAAAACAAACAGACCAAAGCAUAGCUUUUUUGACAGCAAUUAAAUAUAUUAUAAACGAUUGUUUUAGUUGAUUUUCAUGGAUUACAUUUUAGCAUAGUUUAUUAUUUGAAUUCAUUCGUAAAGAUUUGCUUAUGUAUCUAAUUCAGCUUUAGAUCUGUAAUUCCAAAGCUUCAAUAAACUCUCUAUCUAUAUCUAUCUCUCUAUCAACUCAGCUUGCCAACUUUGCCUCCUCUUUCUCUUCUCUUCUUGAUCGUCUUCUUGUGUGACUCCCUCUUUGCCUUUCCCUGCAAUCCUUUCCUACUGUGGAUUAAAUGAACUGCAAUAUUGUUUAUGUAUGUGACUUUACCUCGUAUCUCAUUUAAUUAGGGUCAAUAUGUGUGGAAAACUAAAGCUGUUCUGUUUUGACAAGGUAAGUUUGGUGACAUCUCUAAAGUGUUGGCCUUUCAAUUUAUUUUUGCAUUGCCGAUGUCUCAUACAGUAUUCUACUAAUUGUACGCUUAUCUGUAGUAAAUUGUAUUGUCCAGAGGUGUUUUAAUGUGCAGGCGAAACUUACAAAGGAAGUAACGUUUAUCUUGAAAUUUUCACCUUAAAGAUUCUCACUUGUUGACCUUACAAGGAUGGGCAAAUGGGAAGGCAAAUUCUGUUUUUACUUACAUUUUAUAUGUGCAAACAAACGUGGCCACAAUUGUGUUGUCUACUAUUACAAUUUUUUUUUAAAAAACAAACUGCAUUUUAAAUAUGCAUUCGUAUCAGAGCAAAUGAAAGAGCAGUUCUUUGUGCAUUGAAGAAAGUCUCUAAAAACAUCACUUCAGGUGCUCUAAUGGAUCCGUCCGAGUAAGUAAACCCACUGUCAAUCCUCGGAUGAAUCAAGCGUCAUGCAAGCUAGGAGAGGAACAUGGUCAGGAUCGCGAAACUUAGGGAGGAAGUAAUUUAUCAUCUUGAUUAUUCAUUUGUAUUAGAAAAAAUUUAAGAGUAUUUCCUCAUAAAUGGCAUCAUCAUCCUGAUGGCUUGAACUCAGUUAUGCAGUCACUCAAAAGUAAACCCCACCAGGGAGUCUAACAGAGAUUUCAUGUAUAUUCUUUUAAUAUAUCAUGACAGGUUAUAAUUUCUUUGAUUGUAGACAGGAACCUUAACAGAAGAUGGCCUAGACUUUCUUGGUGUUGUACCUGUGCAGUCUGGGCGGUAUGUUGUGUUAUAACUGGAUUUAACAGAUAACUCCUCUUAAAAGAGUUUUCAACCUCUAUAAAUCUUAGAGUUACAAGUGUCUGGCCGCUCUAGCAGUCCAUUCCAUAGAAACCUUUACAAGUUAGGGUGAUAUUUUCAGGCUCUAAAAACAAUGACUUGUAAAGGUCUUAUUCAAUUUACCCCAGAACUCACUAGAACGAAGAUUUCACACAAGGAGACAAGUACAUAUCGUUCAAAAACUGUUCAUGGCUUUAGUAUAUGUUCUAUCUUAAAGACUUGUUUUUCUUUGUCUAAUUUGGGUUUAGAUUAUUAGCCUGGGUUGUUGAGAUCCAAACUCUGUUUCUUGUCCUUUCUGUCCGCCAUCUUUGCACGUGCUUUAGGAUUAAUGGAAUAAAAGCAGUCACGUGGUAUUUCAGGGGGAAAACAAGUGAUAACAUUUGCCAUUACGAGUAAUCGCUGUCGAGUUUUUUUAAUUCUCUCAAGACGAGACAACGAUUAAUAGUCAUGCAAACUGUACAAAGGUUUUACGUCAUUAUUGCUUGCUGUGAGGACAUCUCCGAUCGCUACUGCAUCCAAAAGAGUAACAAUGAUCACUUUGAAUGAAUAAAUGAAUGAAGAGUCGAGGAUGAGGGGACAACAGACGUGCCCUCUUACAAUACAUUUUAACAUGUGAACAGUAAGCUCGGACGUCAACAUACAAAGGCGCCACUGGCAGCCGCUCUCAGUCCAUUUGUGAGCUUACUGUACCCACCCAACCCGUGAUGUGAAUGAUAUGAUGAGUGAAGGUUGACCACAUCACCGGGGUCUACGUCCCCUACUCUUUUCGAACAGUGGCGUGGGUUCUUUUACGUCCCACAAGAACCAGAUAAGUGUAAGUGCUGUGAGACGGGACCCACGGUUUUUCAUCCUUAUCCGAGAAUACUAGAAAGUCUAACCGUUUGCAGAUGUCAUUUCAAAGGCCGCACUUUCUUCUCAGUUAUUUUAAAGACCCUGAGUGUUGGUCCGGCCGGGGUUCGAACCCGUGACCUCCCGCUCAGCAGACCGGCGCUCUCCCAACUGAGCUAACCAGGCGGCGGCUUUCACCCAUAAAUUGACAUUAUCGUCUUUAAGGUAAAAGGUUCUUCAUUUUCUGUUGUCUAGAAUAAACAAAAUGCACCGCGAUUUCUUGCAUUGGCAGAUUUUGUCACUCGUUUAUGCCCUGAGAAACCACUUGACACCGCGUUUAUCCCAUCAGUCCUUAAGCGCGUGUAAAAAUGGCGGGUAUCGUGAACAAGGUCUAUUGCAUGACUGUUUAUCAAACGCUCGAACUAUAACUAGUUGGCUACCCCGCAAUUUGGUAAUUAAAAAGUGUUUUUUGUUUUCUUUGAAGUUGUUAGUGCCUCAACUUUAAGCCUCAGCAAACGAACACUUUCUAAUAUAUGCAAUGGCAUUAAGGUUAAUUUGCUUAUUAGCCCCCUAAGCAAGGACUGCAGGCUUGGCUACGCAUGUCCUAUAAGAACUCUGUUACAAAACCUUUUUGCGAAAUUUCAUCUUUGUUCAUCGUGGUUCAAUAUAUACAGCUAUUUCAAAAAAGGUUGUCGGAGAGAAUGGCGAACGGAGGUUGCACGACCGAAAGGAACUGUGUUUACGCUAUUUAAUAUGCAAAAUUUCAUAAGUUGCGUUCACCUUACGUGAAAAUGAAUACACCAACUUUGAACGUUUGUCUUAGGGUUCUUGGCUCCGAAGACAGUAGAAGCUCACGCUUUUUUGAAUUGAAAGACGUUCCUCGUUUCCUCGUAUGAACGGCCUAUUAGGGACCUUAAGAUCCGACGACGGCCACGGCAACGGGAGCGCCACAAAAGCAAUAGGUUUAAUUAGCAAAACAACAAUUUUGCACGUGCAUCACGCUUUUUUGUACAUUUCUUUGCCGUCACGACUGCGACGUGAAAAUGCCAAAUUUCACGAUGUUCAGGGGAAGUACACAAGCGACGACGAAAUUUCCUCUUUCUUCCUGAACUUGGAUAUGGUUUUUAGGAAUUCAGCUUUAGGAGGGUUCGCCUACAUUUGACAAAGUUAGCGACUUGGAGUAAUCGCGAUAAAGAUUGAAAGAACGUGAAUUCACUUUUUCAGCGACGUUUUCACUGCCGUAGCCGUGCUCGGAUCUUAAGGUCCCUAUUGUCUCCGACUUAACAUCGCCAGACACAAGAAAUUUAGAAAUGUAGCGCUGAGGGCUUUUCUUUUAGGAACGCCCAAGAAAAAUGAAGCCUCUGAAUGCUGAAGAACAUGGACAAACCAGAUAACCCGCCAUCGAGGGUCUUCACUAAAUGGAGCCGGCAUCGUUGACUAGCUUAGAUUUAACAAUUAUUCGCCGAAGGCGAAGUUAAUAUUGUUGAAUAAUCCCCAAGACGAAGUCGAGGGGAUUCUUCAACAACAUUAACUGAGCCUGAGGUGAAUGAACACGAAGCCGUAAACAGUGGAUGCGCAACAGUUAGAUCUUUACAGUAUCUUCAAACAUGGCAAAUGAUAGUUUUCAUCUCUUUGUAUCCAGUUUUGUAAGCUUUAGCAUCAACGGUUUAAAAGAAAACGCCGAAAAUUUGAAUUACUACCCAAUUCUCAGAAGAAAAGUGGAGCUUAUUUGUUUCUGUCAACUCACCGUGAAUGAGAAAGUUUUCCCUUUGUCGCUUCUUGCAAAUGCUGUCAACAGCGGCUACGAUCAAGGUGAGCGUUGUUUAUCUCCAAUGUUCUUUGCUUUGUUAACUUGCUUGCAUGUACAAUUUCCGAAAAUAUUUGCCUUCCUCUUUCCUCCAUAAAUUAACUUCUAUUUAUAGGCAAAAUUGGUCUUGCGAGAAAAUCCCGAAAUCACAAAACAGUGACAAAGCGACCUCUGUAGUGGUAAACAUAGCUUCGAGCGUACAAAAAGUCAGCUACAGUAAACCAUUUCACAAUAAAUCACGCUGUUUAAACACCAUGAAGUCUUUUCUUGCCUUCACAGUCAUCAGCACUUGGAUAUUCGUGUAUUUUCAAAAAGGUUUUACCAUGAAACUUUGGCAAAACACCCAGUUCACGACAGCGAUUUGUUCUGCUUUAUAUUCACCGCCUAGCGCGGUGAAUAUAACGUCAUAGUCCGAGAUAGCUAACCAAUCAGAUUGCUUGAAUUACCAAUAUCAGUGAGUGUGUAUAGACUAAAGUGAUUAUUUACCGUCAAUAUUCAAAACCCGCAGUUCCUUUCGGUCGUGCAAUGUCCCUUCGACAAUUGCCAUUCGCCGUUCUCUCCGACAACCUUUUUUGAAAUAGGUGUAUGCGUCGAAUAACUAAGGAUUGGAUUAUGUUAAAACGUUUUGCACCAAUUUAAUAAAAGACCAUAGAAAACAAGUUUUAUUCAGAUAUCUGUUUUUUGACUUAUUUUUAUCCAGUUUCCGUCCAAUGGUGUCUGAAACUGAAAGCAUUCCUCAAGGUCCCUUAUUGGAAGCAAUGGCUACCUGUCAUUCCCUCAUAGUGAUUGAUGGCAAUUUGACUGGUGAUCCUUUAGACCUAAAGAUGUUUGAGGCAACUGACUGGGUAACCUCUUCGUUUUCGCCAUUAAACAAUACAACUUAGUGAUAUUCUGUAUUUCGUGUAUGUAUUAAGCCACGACCGUCGGUCAUAAAUAUUUUUGGGCAAAGCCUUUGUUCAAGGCCAGGAAGCAUGGUAUUUAUAGGCGAAAGGGAUAGUGUUUAGUGGUAUGAGUGGGUGGUAUAGUGCUUAGGGGCAGACAGUUGAAAGGGAUAUCUGCUGGGGGCGUGGUAUAUACGAAAGGAUGCACCGUUUAAAAAGAGCACGAAGCUAAGUCGUAAAGGGCAGGAUUCAAAGCAUAGUGUUCUAGAGGAGAAGGCAUCAUGUACUAUACUGUAACGGUUAGCCAUGGCUAUGUUGAUAGCAAGUUAUGUCCAGUUGUUCUUUGGUCAUGCCCGUAAGGUUUAGAAGUCGCUUGGACUUGUGCCGAAGGAUUAGGACGUAGCUUUGUUAAUUGGAUAUAUCCCUAAUGAUUGGGCAUGGCUUAUUUCGUUGAUUCGUCAAUAACCGCCGCCCUGUUAGCUCAACUGGUUUUGCGCUGGUCUGCCGAGCGGGAGGUCGCAGGUCCAAACCCCAGCCGGACCAACACACAGGGACUUAAAAUAACGGAGGAGAAUGUACUGCCUUUGUUGUGACAUCUACAAAUGGUUAGACAUUCUAGUCUUCUCGGAUAAGGACAAAAAACCAUGGGGCCACGUCUCACAGCUCUUUCACUGUUCUGAUUCUUGUGGGACGUAAAAGAACCCACAGAGCUGAUCGUAAAGGCGUAGGCGUAGACCUCGGUGGUGUGGUACAACCAUUCAUGGGCUGGGUGGAUAAUGAAGGGGUCACCGUGUUGAGGCUGGGACAAUUUGGAAGUGUUCAUGGAGAAUACAGCAAGCAUUAACUAUUAGAUUUGUUUGUAUCUUUGCUCAUUGUUUACAGUCAAGCCAUGUCAAGCGUACCCCCCAAGAUUCAAUUAAUGAAUUUAUUAUUCGAAAGUUGAAUCCGUCGGUAGUUGUGGAUUUAAAGAUUCAUCUCUGCAUUCCUGCAUGCGUAAUGAGCAGUGAAUUCACACGCGAGGUUGUUAUGAAAUUUCUACCAGCUCAGUUUUCGGCUUGAAUUUGAUGUAAGUGUCUUCAAGGCACAUUUACCCAUUCAAAGAUUUUUCUAUCUGACCGAAUAAAGAGAAGUUAUCGUAAAAACGUUAUUGCUUGUUACGCAUGCAGGAAUGCAGAUUUAAAUUUGAAAAUGGUUGCGGCAACGACUAACGGAUUCAUUUUUAAAUAACCGAUUCAUUAAUGGAAUCUAUAAGUGUACACUUGGCCUGACGUGACUCUAGUUGCACUGAGGCUGCUAGAAUGACUGAUAGAUAACGUUAUAAUAAACUCUAAAUAUUUGAUUGGAAUAACCUAGUAAGUCAACUUGUGGUUUCUGUUUAUGGUGGCCUUGGUAAGAUUGACUGGUACUGUAAUUACUUUAUAACACGACAACAAAGUGUAUCUGCUAGAGAAAAAAUUGAUGCCUUUUCCACGAAUGUAAAAUCAACGUACACAAAUACUUUUUCUUGGAGUGCAGCAAAAGAAAAAGUUGGGAUCUUUUGGUUCCAUAGCAGUAUCUCAUUAACAAAUUGAGAUGUAAAACCCCAGCUUUUCAACUCACAUUUUUUAUCACGUGAUCCGAGAGGAUCGUGUGAAAGGACCUUGAUAAUAACAGGGUUCUGAUAGAUCGUAACCUUCAUUUAAGUUCUGGUUGUUUUCUUCCGAUUAAAGAAUAGUUACGUUUCUUUCACUUUGCGCAUGGAAUAUAUAUGUACGUAUGUUGCAAAAGAGCUCACUACAAACAUGUGAAGAUAUAUAUGGGCUAUGAUUACUUGUUUUGUUGCUUUUGCUAGACCUUAGAAGAACCUGGCGAGGAUAACACCAAAUUUGACAAUAUUGUUCCUACCAUUGUUAAACCAAAAACUGAAAAGGAAUUUCAUGUUGAAUCGGCUUUAGAGGGAAAUGUGAGUGUUUCUUAUUUUAUCCUUAAAGCCCUUAUAUUAGCAUGCAUAUCCUCCACACUGUCAGCUACACAUUUCCUAUUGUGCCGAAGAGAAGUUGACCGUUUUCACUUCCAGAUCAUCUCCUUAAUUCUCAUGACCUUUCUGUCUGACUACGCAGUGUUAUUGUAAGGAGAAUCAAGAUGCUGAUCGCUGUUACGUGUUAAAGUGUUAGAACAUUCGUUCAUAUGGCUUUUGUUUCAAGGCCUUGGGGUGGCUGCAAUACCGAACGUGUUUUCACCGUUUCUUUAUUUGUGGAACCAUUUUAAAAGGUUUUGAGUAAAAAGGGACCACUGUACAUGUGCGAAGUGAAAUGCAACCCAAACGCUUAUAUGAAUUUUAAUGCCUGAAAGCAUGGUGUUGUUUGUUUGUUUUUCACAUUAGAUUCCAUAUGAGAUAGCCGUUAUUCGCCAGUUUCCGUUCUCAUCAGAUUUGCAGCGUAUGUGCGUUGUGACUCGCACACUAGGAGAUCCAAAUAUGGAUGUGUAUGCAAAAGGUGCCCCAGAAACCAUUGCAAGUCUUUGUCAACCACAAACAGGUUAAACUUUUCACCUUUAUUUGAUUCUGUACAAAACCGCAACCUCUGAAGUAAAGAAAUAUUCGUUUGCUAUGUUGUAUCCAACAUGGCUGUUCGUUUUUGGUCCACUAGAAAGUUGAUCCGUUCCACCCCUAAUUUUGCACAGAUUUUAUAAUCAUAAAUGUUAUUUUCUUGAGCUCUCUUCUCAUACAUUCAAAUACCAACUGAAAUUGGAUAAUGACUAAACUUUGGCUUGUCGGUGUUUACUAAAUCAGUGAAGAAAAUUAUUUUCAUGUAACUGAAUAUUGCCUAUUCAAAAAAACCGUAAAAUGGCGUCUCGUUUCGAGACAUUUUCGGAAGGCGAAGUUUGUGCGAUAAAUGAAGAAGUCGUACAUACAAAUACGAAGAUACCAAGAAUGGUAAACAAAGUUCCUACUAAGUGACCUUUUUAAUUUACAAAGAGUUACUUUUUUUCAUUUUUAUCCAACUGAUUUGGUAAAUACUAAAACAACUAACCCCUUAGGGUCAGUGAACAGGCUAGACAUAUACCUCGACGCUUCGCGUCUCGGUAUACCACUAUUCACCUCCCCUUCGGGGGAUAGCUGUAUAUUAAUAUUUGUACCAUGCUCUCCAAAUAUGGUAACUGUACGCGUAUGCUCAUAUUUAAGAACAAGCUGAAAAUCGGUUGUUUGUACAAAUAAAGUCGGGAAGAAUUCUCGAUAUUUUGUGGGCGUUUUUAAUAAAACAAUUCUUCCACUCGCGCUUGUUGGAUAUGAGAUGAUUAUAGCCAACUCGGCGCUACGCGUCUCGUUGGAUUAAUGAAAUCUACCAUUUCAUAUCCGACACGCACUCGUGGAAUAAUUGUUAACUAUAUCAUAGAGAUUAGAGGGAGAGAGGGCAAGAUCGCAGACUUUUUUCCUUGGUUCCCUCGAUGAUUGAGCAGAAUUAUAAAUACUAAAAUGGCCUUCAACCAUCGACAAUCCUCUAUUCCCGUCGCAGUGAUCUGCCACACAUAAAGUUUCGCUUUCUGCCAAAAUCACAUGUUGAAAAUCUGACUUCGUUUAAAUUCAAAACGCAACAAAGUUAAACUCAAUUGCGAUAACACAGAAUCAGUUGUGUCCUUAUGAUUGAAACCAUUGUAAUCAAGUCAGAAGAUCCUGUAUGUGCUCCCACUGUUUUGUUUCGUGUUUCUGAGAACUAAAAUUUGCUCCUAGUCAAGUUGCGGAUAUUUCGCCCGUACUGGAAGAAACUGAAGUUACUUAAAGAUUUUUGGGUAAAGACCGUGUAUGUGUGCGAAAUCACUUAUAGUUAUUAUCAUUAAUGUUUUUUUUUUAGUUGCAGAAAUCCAUGAGGGGUUAUAGUUAUUAUCAUUAUUGCAUCAGCUACAUCGAGUUACAAGGUAACUUCAUCCACUCCCGCUUUUUUUUAGUUCCUGGCAGACUCUUUUUCAUAGUGUUCUUCAGCACUAUACCAUGAGGGGUUACUAAAGAAAAGAGUCUUUUGGGUUUAGCUAGUAUACAACUCACCUUUCCGGAAACCUGAAUUUGGAUAAUCGACACGUCGAUACUGCGUUCAGGGGCGCCAUAUUUUUCAUGGCAUCGAAGCUGGGAUCAUCAACAACGAGUUACUCCCGCAACAAGGUAAAACGUUCAUCCGAAGACCCAAAAACUGCCUAAGCCCAUUUUUGUUUUUGUUAGUAUAAUAGGUUCUUCUUUAUUGGCCUGGUCUCUGGACUCUUGUUAGUCCAUCCUGUGUUUGUCUCAGAAUGAAAACCACGGUUAAAACGUUUUUCUUCGCUUCAUUUCCCUGGAGAAUUCUGCAUUUUAGCUAAGGAUGAUGUAGCCCGUUUAGCUGGCUUGCAUGGGAUUAUAAAAGUUCUUGGCGAGCGCAGAUUACCAAAAUUUUUCCGUUAGUCGAGCCCGAACAAAAAGGAUGAUGUAUGUCCUGUUAUGAUAUUUUCAGUGAUUUGAAUUGACCACAGUCCUCUUUUCCCGCCUUUUUGGCCGUGUUGUUUGAACCCAUAUUGAUUUGUAUUCACGAGGUUACCACAUUUCUUUUGUAGGGAUCAUGUAGAAUCAAAUUUAUUCUUUCAAGGAUUGUUGAUUCUUCAAAACGCUCUUAAGCCACAGAGCACUCCUGUGAUUAGAAUGCUUCAUAAUGCAGAUAUUAGAACUAUGAUGGUAACUGGUAAGAAGUGAAUAUACUCUUAACUGUGUAGUCUACGUGAGCCACAAAUGUAUUUUCAAAGACGAACUAUAUAUAAAUGAAGCGGCUGAUCAAUCCUGUGGAAUAUGAACUCUUCUACCUCGUAAACUCUUCCUUUUGCGGGUUUGAUGAAUUUGUGUAGCUGACGUGAGAGAAAUGCUCUAUUUUACUGCUACAGGUCUGUAGCUUUUGGUGUAAUGUGGCUAUUACUUGAAUAUCGUACUGUACAUUUUGUUUACUGUGGUAGAUUGAAGUAUUUUGACAUAUUUUCACUGGUGUCUAUCUUACUACCAGACGGUUCUCACUUAAAUUGUCGUACUUCAUGCCGAUGAUUUACUUCUAAUAUCUAACUCGGCAGAAGGUUUGCAACAAAGUCUUGACAAUUUUAACGUAGUUCUCCGAAGUUUGGGGAAUCUAUGAUAAAAGUGAUUAUAGCCGCUGGGAUAAAGACUCCAUUGAGUCGCAUAUACAUUUUUGUAAGACGUGUUUAGGUUUAAACAAACGCUCACCGAAUGUUACAUCGAGAAAUGAACUUGGCAGAUUAUCUCUCAGUUUACAAAUAACAAUGAACAUUUUCAAGUUUUGGAUUCACCUUGAAAAUCAACCCCCUGACAGCAUCGCUAUACUCUGCUUAAUUCUGCUCCAUCUUUAAAAAUGAAACAAAUUACUGUGAAUUCACCAAUCAUAUCCAGAAUCCUGAACAUAUGCGUGUAGCUUCCAAAUUUAGGAUAGGAAAUCAUAAUUUUAAAAUAGAAACUGGAAGAUUUACAAUUCCCAAAACUCCUGAAGACCUCAGAAUCUGUGAUCACUGCAACCUAAAUUCGGCUGAAAAUGAACUGCACAUAUUAUUUCACUGUGAUCUAUAUAAUGAUUUGAGAAAGACUCUUUUUAUUAAAAUUACAAUAUCCAUGAUAGUCUGCUUUCUUUUUAACAAUACUGAUUCACAUAUCAGCAGGCUAACUGCUAAUUUCGUCUUUCAAGCAUUUGAAAGACGAAAGAAACAUAAUUAAUUCUACCAUUCCAUUGUAUCUUAUUGUUAUUUUAAUCGGUAACACCUGUACAAAAUGGUAAUACUGAAUAAACUUGUUGUUGUUGCGUUUUGUCAUCAGGUGAUAACAUGUUGACAGCUGUGAGUGUUGCUAGGGACUGUGGUAUGGUUGGACCUACUGAUAAGGUACUGUAGGGCGUCUCCACUCCCACUAUUGUUUUCAAGUGCUCUUGUGAGCACUGCAUAUUCCCAAGAACAUUUGAAAACAAUAACUUUUGCAAAAAUUUGGGUGCAAACCGAGUGUAAUUAUGGGGAAUUCGAAAAAUUACCUUUGUUCAAUAAGACAAAAAUGGAGUUUGGAUGGCGUCGAGUCCAAAAGUUUGUGUAGUCCUUGCGGUAAACUAGGAUCCACUAUUGCGUCAGCAGUGGAAACUACACAACCGAUGAAAACAUUAGAAAUUUGUUGCGGAUGUAUUUCAGUUUCAAUUCAUGUCCGUCGCAAAAUUGUUUAUUUCUCUUUUACAAAAAGACCCCACUAAAUUUGUUGACUGUUUGUCAUCAGGUCAUUGAAGUAACUGCAAAAGGAAGCGAUGAUCAUUCCUCUGAUCUUCAGAUUAAAUGGACCGUUGUUGGAGAAGUUGAAAAUAAAGACGAUUUAAUAUCGGAGGUAACGCAUAAAACAUUCACUUGAGUCUAUUUUUUUCUUUCCAAAUGAAGUAUUAGUAUGGUUUGUUUUUACCCACUAUUGUCGCCAUACUCCACUUUGACAGUUUUAUGAAUAGUUCAUAGUUAAGAAUUUCUGUUGCUAAUGUUAUUUCCAUUUGUGUCUUUAUUAUGCUUACCUAGGAUCAAUGUGCUUAUCAAACAAGAUUUGGAAAAUGCUCCUAUCAUUUGGCUUUAGCUGGGAAAUCAUUUGCCUUAAUUCGGAGUCAUAGGCCAGAGCUGUUCAAGAAGGUAUCCAGUUUAUUUCUUGCUUUGAUUGAAGUAAGUCUUACAUUUACUUUAGUAAACCCUCCACCUGCAACAGUGUAGCCAAGGGCAACUUUUAGUUAUCAGCUGAAUGUGUGAAUAAUAGUAUACAAUGACAAACCAGCAGUUAUGUCACCGGCAAUGACCGGUCAUUGGCAAUGAACAAAGGAUAACAUCAUUCAAUCCCUUCUGAUGAUGAUGAUGAGUAUAUGUGCAAGUAUAUGUGAUAUUUAGUUUUUUAAGCCCCCUUUUUUUUCGUUUUUGGGCAGACGGAAAUUAUUCGUUUUAACCCUUUCAAUCCCAGAAUUGUAAGGUGGUUCCAACUUCUGAGUCUGUGGAAGAAAUCCUACAUUGUGACCACUCAAAUGAAACCUCUUUGGCAGCACUUUGACUUUUUGUAGUAUCUGUUUUUUAGCAUUCUGCAAAAUGAAAUUCCGACUUUUUAUUGGAUUUUCACUUUGGCCUUUUUUAGGAGUGAAAGGGAUAUUAUAGGGCCAUUUAUAGGAGGAAAAUAAGACGCGGAAAAAUAAGACGCGUCUUACAUAAGACGCGAACUGUACCAUUUAUACGAGCAUGUCUUAUCUAAUAAGACGCGUCUAAGCUAACCCGCGUCUUAUUUUAGACGAAAUGUGCCGUUUAUACGGAAUAAGAAAUUUUUCCUCGUAUAAAUGGCCCUAUUGUCACCCAAAGAUUCGUAUAUGUAAGGGCUAAUUCCUUAGAUUGAAAAAAGAAAACCAAGGUUUCCACGUUAUUAACCUUUUAGGACGAAUGUACGUAUAAAUCGGUGUUGGUGUUUCUUGCCUUUGAUUAUUAGUGUUAUUAACACGGGAUAAUUUUCAGUUGAUGAUAUCUGGAACGGUGUUUGCAAGAAUGUCCCCGGAGCAGAAAACCCAUCUUAUUGAAGGAUUGCAGAAAUUGGAGUAAGUCGUUUACUGAUUAAUCGAGUUCAAAUAAUAACAAAUAUAAUCUUUACCCCACGCCGCUGAAUAGCAUGGACUGUUUUCAUGCAAUAAACCAUCAGUUCUUCUAGUGAGCUUCCUUUUCUAAAAACGUGUCAAAGAUAUUUUUGUAUGGUCCAAACCUUAUUAAGUCACGUCGACAUUGUUUAAUUGUGCCUUGCUUGUGUUUUGCAUGGCUCUUUACAUAGGAUCCUAUAUGCCUCAGCUGAUUGUAUUCGCUCAAGUCGCUGAUGUCACUGACAUGUUUUUUGCCCAAAGACACGAAGAGGGUACCUACCACAAGCAUUAAAGAAGUUGUCCCAGAUCUUUACCUCCGAUGUGUCUGUCAACUUGAAUUCCAGUCAACUUUGUGGACAUGUUGCCUGUUCACCGUUCAAUUCAGUUCCUAUGAAAAUCUUUAUUUGAGGAUAUCAUGCCUUCUGGGCCGAAAAUUACCGUACGAAUGCUUAGCUUGCUCUAUUUCAAUAACAGUAAUAUUUUUUGCCAGCCUUUUUGCUGUAAAGGUACCGCUGAAUAUCUUCGAUAGACCUCGGGCUCACUGACGGCUGUGUUUAGUUAGUUUAGUUGUAUGAUGAGAAUCACGCAUGCUAUGCAAUUCUUGUACAGCUGCAAGGCUUAAAUUAGAAGAUCUUUCAUAAAAUUCUCUCAGUAAAAUUUGAUGGUCUUUGUUUCUCUUGUAUUAGCUACUGUGUUGGUAUGUGUGGAGAUGGAGCCAAUGACUGUGGGGUGAGACAACAACACGCAUUCUUAUUUAUGAUUAUUCUUUUUAAGUUCAUCGACGACUUUACUCGUUUUUUGAGUUUGAAACAGUUUGCGAUGCCGACGUGAAAGAAUACUAUAACAGAAAAUACAUCUACACUUUGGUAAUUGGAGAUCGCCUCCUGCCACUAAAAUCUUCAAGCUCUACCUACGGGAAGUCAAAAGAUUCUUGUUACGAAGUGAAGUGGUUGCAACUUGUCCUCUAACAAAGAAAAUUUUCACCUAAUACUUAUUCCUAUAAACAAACGAAAUGCAGUUUUCUUCUGAUUAGGAGUCAAAACCCAUACAUUAUCAUUAAAACGUAUUGCUACUUAUUUAUGCCUUGGUUUUCCUACAGGCGCUUAAGAUAGCUCACGCAGGAAUCUCGUUAUCAGAGGCUGAAGCGUCUGUUGCGUCCCCAUUUACUUCAAAGGUAUGUUUGUAGACUGGUCUGUCGCAUUAUGUUUACUCAACAAAUCACUGCUGACUGGUUAGCAAACGAGAGUUCAGAGCGGAAAGCCUGACUUCGAUUCCCAGCCUGACAAAUACUCAGGGUCUUACUUAAAUAACUGAGGAGAAUGUGGUGCCAUUUUUUGUUAUCUACAAUUGUUUGUACAUCCUAGUCUUGUUGUGUCAUUGUAUUUUUCCUUAUCUGUUUCUUGUGAGACGGAAAAGAACCCACACUAUUGUUCGUAAAGAGUAGGGAAUGUAAACCCGGUACGUGAAUCGUCUAUGUGUGUGUGUUGCAUUAGCAGGUCCACAUCAACUUUCAAGCUGCCUUGUAGGUAUGGCUGCCUUGUCAAGAAAAUGAGAGAGGCACACACUUGCGAAAAUGGCAAAAAUUAGGCGAAAAUGACGUAUUUGGUGACAAUGGCAGAAAUAGCAAAGAAUCGCAAGAUUGUUAACAAAAUAUCAAAUGAGAUGGAAAAGGUGGCGAUUUUGGCAAGAAUGGCGUAUUUGGCGAAAAUGGCAGAAAUGGCGAACAAACGCCAAAUUGUUAACAAAGUUGCAAAUGAGAUGGCAAAGGGUCCCUUUUGAAAGUGGCGAUUUUGGCGAAAAUGGCAGAAAUAGCGAGCAAUUGCCAAAUUGUUAACAAAAUAUCAAAUAAGGUGGCAAAGGGACCCUUUUGAAAGUGGCGAUUUUGGCGAAAAUGGUGUAUUUGACUAAAAGGGUGGAAAUGGCGAUCAACCGCCAAAUUGUUAAAAUACCGAAUGGGAUGGCAAAGGGUCCCAUUUGAAAGCGGCGAUUUUGGCAAAAAUAACAAAAAUGGCGAACAACCGCCAAAUUGUUAACAAAAUAUCAAAUGACAUGGCAAAGGGUCCCUUUUGAAAGCGACGAUUUUGACGUAUUUGGCAAAAAAUUGCGAAUACAUCGAUUUGUUAACAUGCAGAUUGUUGAUUUGUAUGGCUUGGUAAAAGGAUUCCUUUGAAGAUUAGUCAAGCUAUCUGAAAUAUGUCAAAGAGGUGGAAAACAUGCCCAUAAGAUAGUGGAAAUGUUGCCAACGUAUAGAUAAUGACAAGGCUGGUGUAACCAAAGUUUUAUUACUCUAUUUAUAGUGCUAUUACCUUUAACUGACAAUCUCUUGUGAUUUGCAAUUCGUCUCAAACAACAGUGCUUGAUUGGAGGUUACCACCUCGUAAUAAUUUCUUCCACAAUUAAAAUUGGUGGAAUGGUUUGCGAGUUGUGUUGGACUAUCAGUGAAUGGUACUUGUCGUAGUGUUUGUCGCAAUUUACUUACCAAAAAUUUCAAGAUAGGUAUCCUUAAUUUCCUAGUCUUGCAGUCGCUGUUAGAAUUAUGUUAAGAAGCUGAAUACUUAAUAGCUAGUUCAUCUUUUUAAAUUCCUUGAGGAAUCCAUUUUGCUUCAAGGCCACGCACAAUGGGAUGGUCGUUAUUGCCUAGAGGAUCCAUCCUCUUUGUUUAAAUGGCGUUCAAUCUUAUAUAAACGAGCUGGUUUAUUACUGUUUCACAGAAUAUGUGACGUGUGGUAAGGAGUACGCACUUGUUUUAUCGGCGGCCAUGUUGAAAUAGCCGAUUUUGGUGAUCACUCUGAGUAAGCAAAAACGAUUAAUCUCGUUUCCAGGGUCUCCGAGGUAAUAGAAAGGGCCUGGUGAGGAGAUACGACGAGCAGUGGCUGUUAUGGCUUUUUGUCCUUAUUGGAUACCUGAAUGAUGUUUUAAGAACGAGACAAACAUGCACAAUACCUUUUUAUAUAUUUGCUAGAUGAAAAGAUACAGAACUAGGUGCACAUGCAUAAUUGUUGUUGUAAUUUCAAUUUCUUUGUGAAUGGCAUAAUAUUUGAUGCAAUGUUUAUGUUUUAAUAAAUGCGAUGAAGUACGUUUCGUUUAGGUAUACAUGAGGUAAAAUGAGUGAAUUUACUCGUUUCAAAAUGACGCGCGCAAGCUGAUUUCUGCCUCACAAUUUAAUGGCACACAUUAUAAUGAGAAUUGUCAGCAAUUAGGAUUGUUUAGGUCACAUCAACCCUCAAAAGUCAGAGUGUGCAUGGUAAGGAAUUCUUAUCAUUUCAUGGACUUGGAGGUUGUCUUCUCGGUUUAUUAGAGACCUGAAGCAACUUCGACGACGACGGCAGUGAAAACAUGACUAAAAAAUGAAUUUGUAUCCUUUCAAACCUAAUCGCGUCCAUUUGGAACCGCUCAAUUCGUCAAAUGUAGGCGACUUCUCCUGCAGUUGAAUUCUUAAGGGCUUUUUCCGUGUUCAAAUAGAGAAGGGAAAAUUUGUCGUCGUAUGUCCACCUUCUCCAUAAAACGUCGCAUUGGGAGGUUUCACGUAAUAGUCUUGCAGUGGACGUCAAAGAAAUGUACUAAAAAACGUGCAGAGCUGUUGUUUUGCUAACAAAACUAAUUUUUUUUUGCCUCGUCGUCGUAGUUGCUUAAGGUCCCUAUUAUUGGACUAGCUGUGGGGCGUGAGAUUGCUUUGGAUGGCUUGAACAAUCAAUCUCACCUUCAUUGUAAAGAGAAUUGUCAGCAAUUAGGAUUGUUUAGGUCUCAUCAAACCUCAAAACUUAGAGUGUGCAUGGUAAGGAAUUCUUAUCAUUUCAAGGACUUGGGGGUCGUCUUUUCGAGUUAUUAUUGGACUAGCUGUGGGGCGUGAGAUUGCUUUGGAUGACUGGAACGAACAAUCUUUGACGGGAAUAAACCAUUCAAGAGCAAGUGAUGCUAGUGUGAUAUUUCAGCGCCUCACAUUGCUUUUGGUACGUCCAGCAACAUCGAAAGUAAAAAUAAGAAAAUGUUUACUUAACCUGUGGAGUACUUGGGCACAAAUACAUCAGCUUAUCUGAAACGACUUUCAUUCAUUGUUGUCUUAUAUAUUUGAUUCAGUUGUAUUUGAUAUAUGUUGCUUCACAGUUAAUUAAAACAAUGCUUAGUAUAGUAAAACUAUUUUCCAUUUCAAAGGGAUCCUUUUUUUAGAUAAAUGCCCGAGCAUAUUUUUGACCAGUUGGCAUUUUUGUCUGGUUAGUUAUUUUUGUGAAAAUCGACACUCCUAGGGGCCUGUUUAGGUACCUAAUUUACUCAUUACAAGUUUCAUCGUUGGUGUAUUUUCGUCAAUUUCGCAAAUUUUGCCAAAAUUGUUGCCAAUUUCGCCAAAAUCGCGAUUCUCCAAGGGGCCACUUUCGACAUCCAAUUUGAAUAUUUGCCACAUUCCAAAUCUCGCCAGCCCUCUGGCGAUUUUUCGCCAUUUGUGCCAUUCUCGCCAAAAUCGCCUCUCUCCAAGUGGCGUCUAAUUUGAAUUGCUAGCUGUCUGGACAUAAGUGGAAAAUGAUGGCGAUGUGGGAGCUCAUUACUCGGAGCGUACGUAGCCUAAGCAACGGCGUUUUCACUGAUCAGUCUAUGUUUAUCAUUAUUUCGGUAAAAUAUCUUGUUAAUACAUAGCAGGGUCCAACGUACAAAACAAAGGUACCGGAUCUUGAUGGAUCUAAAAUACCAAGGUUGACUGUUCAGCUAUGAGACUUUCCAAUAUUUCGAUAGGCCCGGCCUGACUUCUUCAGGGAAUAACUAGUACCUGUUCCUUCAAAAAUGGACGCAUUGGUCUGUGUGUGUGCACAGUAUAGGAAUGAUGAUGAUGAUUUCAUGUGGCUAAUGAAUUGACUCAGUGAAUCAGUGCGUUGAGUAGAAACAAAAGUAUUAUCUCCAAUCUGUUUGAUGAAAACACUAUUUCUUUAUUACUUGUAUUAUCUAUUGUCCUUUCAUUUCUCGACUUGCUCCGCAUCUAAGCAAGAUACUGUAAAAAUUUAUCGCCUUGCCUGGUUCACGUUUUAAGUUCCCAAUUUUAUAAUUGGCUUUCAAAAAAGUUGUUUGUCGCGGUCAUUUGGAUAGUAACGAGUCCCAUUUCUUUUAACAGAUAUCCAACAUUGAUUGUGUUCCUACAUUAAUAAGGUAAACCUACACUAUAUUUCAUUCUUCAGUUGACGGCGCAUUAGAUUUGUGUCGUUUAUUUCGACACAAAGGUAAGUUAAAAGCGUUAUAAUGCUCGCGGGAGGUAGUGUAUCCUCAUUUACCACUUUAGAAACGUGAAUGAAACUGGAGCUGAAGUGUGUCCUGCAAUUGUUACUGGGAUCGCGCCGGUCAGCCAUUGGUCAACUUUUUUCCCUGUCUCUUUUAAAAGUCCCAGAAGUCUUUACUUAAGUUAACACAACUCAGUUUCCUUCUCGUUUCUAAAGUGGCGAAUGUGCUAACUAACAUUACCACGUGUUAUCACUAUGCUUAGUUUGAAUUCAAUGGUCUGCUGAUGGUUGCCAAUUGAAACCACAGAUUUAUCCCCCAGUGAACUUUCUUAUGUUCACUGAUGAUGACGAUUGAAAUGAAAUCGUUACUCCAAAAUAUCACCUUUGUGCAGGUAUCACGUGCCCGCGUUACUAUUUGUUAAACUUCUGACACAUUGUCUCCUCUGACUUUUUCUUUGAUGAAAACCUUUGUGCUUUGCGAUUUUAAAUGUUCUAUAUUCCGAGUUUUCCUCAUGUGACAGUUCUUGUUGUGAUUUCAGAGAAGGUAGAGCAGCCCUGGUGACAUCUUUUGGAACCUUUAAGUACAUGGCUCUUUACAGCAUUGUGCAGUUUGUGUCCGUGCUUUUGUUAUAUUCUGUAAGUAUGGUAAAUUUAUGCUCGUAGUAAUUUUGAUCGCGUUAUGUGUAGCUCGACGGAACAAGUUCAAGACAUGACUGCUUCACUGAGCCUUCCGCCAUUAAUGAACCGCUCUGUCGUAAAGCUAAAUAUUAUGCCCACAAUGCGUUUUAUUUUCCUUUUUUUUCAAGAAAUUUGUGUUUUGGGGCUGCCAGCGCUUUUUGUACAAGGUUCAAGGUUUGUGUAACAGAUAAACAACAGGAACUCCAGAUAGUGUCAUUGUCAAGUGAAAUACUUUUUGUUAAGCUGAUGAUAACCCAGUUUCCUUUUUGAAAAUGGGUUGAAAAGCUUCCAAACAUUAGUGGGAGCGUUUUCAUAAUAUUCGUCUCUGAACUCGUAAAGCCCAAUAGCUUCGUGACUUCAGUGAACACUUUGCUUAAAUAGAAGACAAACACUUUGUGCUCAUAGGUUGUCUCCCAACUACUCAAAAAUUUCAUUAAUAGAAUAAUUACAUUACGUAAGACAUACCUUUGAAAAGAUAACAGUGUUUAAGGUUAGGGUUGCUGAGCUAACACUAGAACAAGCCCAGAGUGUAGCCUUUGUUUUUGUAAAUGUAAAAUGUUCUUACUCGUGUAUUUAGGGAAACAAGGAUGUCGUAGUAGUGAGCGCACACCUCCCACCAAUAUGGCCUGGGUUCCAAUCUCGACGUCGUUGCAAUAUGUGGGGUGUGUUUUUUCCGGUUUUCCUCUCGGGGGCCCAUUUUUGGAAAGUCCUGGUAAUUAACGGGCCCGGAAAGCUGUUCUGUUUACAUUCAAGAUUAUUUUUUUUAAUAGUUUUGCAGUUAUUAUGGUAAAACUAGCAGUUAACAAAACAAAUGGACUGAUUUUUUUUCAAAUAUGACCCGCGCUUUUAUUGUUGAUAUUUUGAUUUGAAUACUCUAUUACGGGCCGAAAAGUUACCGGGAUCCUGGAGAAACGGGAACCUGGGACCCGUUUCUCGGAAGGCCCGAUAACUUUUCGGGUCCGAAGGCAAAUUUUGAAAUCAAAACCAGUUGAAUAGCAGCAAAGUUCCAAGCUCACAAACCAGUCAAGUUUGCUUCGUUAACUGAUAGUUUCAUUAUAUCAUUUUCAAAAUUAUUGAAACUUUGAUCUUGAAUGCAAACACGGCAAACAUAAAACAGCUUUUUACAAACGGGCCCCUGCUGCGAGAAGUGUUUUUCCCAGUACUCCGGUUUUCCACGCUCAUCAAAAACCAACGUUUCCAAAUUCAAAUUCGAUCUGAAACGCGAAACACUUUUCGUGCGAAACGUUUUUUUUUUGUUUCAUGUGUUAGUGAAACAAAAAUCAACUCGUGUUGUUACUUUGUGCAAAUGGUAAUUGGUAAUUGCUGAUGUUGUAUAUGUUUAUUUUCUCAUUUUUCAGAUAUCAUCUAACAUGGGAGACUGGCAGUAUGUUUACAUUGAUCUUGUUAUCAUAACCAGCCUUGCUCUCGUCAGUAAGUUCUUACCAUAAUGGCCACACUUUUUCAAGAUCCCGGAUGCUACACUUUUCUCUGCAGAUUAUUUACGCAACGUUCACAAGGCACCGCACGAAUUUUCGACUAGCUAAAAAAUUUGUGCAUACACUUCGUUCGCAUGGAACAGUUCAAUAUUUUCGCUCUGUUUACACGGAACUGGCCAACCAGGUUGAACUUUAACCUUUGUAGUGGUUUUAUCAUCUGCUCAUGCGCAAAGUGCAUCCAAAAUGGCGUCUUUCAACUGAGUUACCACGCGUCCAUGCAACCACGCCUUUGUCGUAUAAACGCUUAUGGUGUUUACACCACUCCGGUCAAAUUUUGGACCGUACCAGCUAAAAAUUUGACCUUGAUUUUAGCGUUUAAAUUAUUGAACGGCAGGGCGUCCACAUUUUUUUACGGUUAAGGUGGUUCCAUGUGAACGGAACACCUGAACGCACGGAUUUUCAACCAGUCAAACAUUCGUCCUGUGCCGUGUUACGCAUCGCUCCUCCCCAGACACAAUCAAAAUAAUUUGAUAGAAGCAGUACUUCUUUUAAAUAAAGUAGAAAUAUUGUGGUGUCUGCUGUUUAUGUUAGAAGCACGUUGGAAUUUCACUGAUGUUACUAGUAUCAGCAAAUAUAGUCAUAUUUAGUUCCUGUAAUUACUGGGCCGAGAAACGAUGUUCUCACAGCUUGUUUCAUUCGAUUUUCCCUUGCACGAAGCAUCAGGCAGCUCAAAGGGUUGUUUGAUUUCUGUUUUGUAUUUUGCAGUGAGUUAUACCGAGGCUUAUCCUUUUCUUUUGGCUCAGAGACCGGGAGGAAGUCUUAUGUCUCCAGUUGUUCUUUUUUCUCUAAUUUCCCAGAUUGUAGUUCAAACCGUAGUGCAAGUUUUCGGAUUUUAUUAUGUUCAGUCACAGACGUGGUAAGAGCAAAGCAUAUUGUACUGACUUAAGACCAGAAGCAUACGCUUCUGCUUAAGACUCAUACGAAUUCAAACUACGGAUUCACUUUUGACUCUCUGUGUUCGUACAAAUCUGUGCCUAGAGGUCAAUACAGACCUAUAGAAUCUAAGACAAGGACGAGAUUUUUUAAUACUAAGUAGUGCGCAGGCGUGAACCAACGCCAUUUUGGCGGAAAACGUGGUAGCCGUCGUCAUUCUAUUACCAGUGUUAGCGAGAAUGUCGUAGUGGCGUCAGCAAGUUAUCAAAUUGUUAAAAGUUUUAUCAUCUUGUGAUCGGGAGAGGGCUUAAAAAUAUAUUUUCCUUUUAUUCUUGUGCUGGUGGUCGUCCUCGUCCACCAAUCUUAAGGUCUCAAAAAUGAAACGAGAAACGGUUGCGUUUGGACGUAACGUAAGAAUGAUACUGCUAUGAUUAUGUUGUCGCGUUGGAGACAUGAAACACUGUAAAGGGAUAUCUGAAGGCACACGAGCCCGUUAAGUUUGGUAGCGCAUAUGAUAACUUAACCUGCGAACGGCAGACGUUUUUCCUCGCUCAUCGCCGCUGAGGAACGUUUCGCGAGGAGGAACGUCUGCGACUCAGCGACAGAAAUUCUAUACUGAUGACGCGAAAUUUGUCCGAAGCGCUAAUUGGUCGACGGAGUAGAUUCAUUGUUUUAGCUAUUGUUUGCAAAUGACAGACAAAAGACAAAAGGCCGCAAAGGUCAAAUGUAAAGGCAAUGAAUCUCUAACAAAACGGUCAAUAUUUGUGGAAUAUAGUCUUUCUAAAAGUAGCAUUUGCGUUUUGCUGGAGCUCAUUCGCAGAUGAACACAACACUUCACCAAAAUCGACCACGAGACACUUAAAAUUGAACAAAUUUGCAUUUGGAACCCCAUGACUACCGGAUUUAUUAUGUAAACAUUGAUUUUUGUCAUCAGUGUGGAAUUUCUGUCCCUGAGUCGCAGACGUUCCUCCUCGCGAAACGUCCUUCAGCGGCGAUGAGCGAGGAGAAACUUCUGUCGUUCGCAGGCUAAUGAUAACUCUGUUUACACGUAAACGGUGUCUGUUUUUCCGUCUUGUCCACUCUGGUGAUUCUUUUCUUUUUGUCACGAUCUUUCACGUGUGAAGGAAAGCCGUAACUUAUGCAUAAUUUCUUUCACGUUUACACUGAUUUUAGACAGACUCGUGUGAACAUAUAGCCUUGAUAAAGUUUCGACCGGCUAAGGGACGAACUAUCUUGUGUUGAGCUACUAAAAAAGCGUCAGUGAACCAUGUUUUUACGUGUAUAAUUUAAUUCAAUCAAUUGUUGUUGUUUCCUCGAUUUUUUUGUCCGAUUCUUUUUUACAGGUUUGAACCCGUCCAUAUAACGGAUAAAAAUACUAUAUAUUACAAAAACCAACAAAGUACAGUUUUGUUUGCACUAUCAUCGUUCCAGUAUAUUCAGCUUUCCGUCGUGUUCUCUGGGGGAGUGCCUUAUCGACAACCUUUUUACAAAAACGGUUUGUUUGAUAUGAUUUACGCCUUGUAUGAAUCUAGUGGUUUAAGAACUUUCUGGCAGAAAUGUGCCAUUUUAAUGCUCCAAAAUGUAAGAAUCUGUUUAUCCAAGCGAGAUCAAGUAUGUUCUUAUAUCUUGGUUACAGUUAAAUUUUAAUCCUCCGUUAAUUUUGAUAACCCUCUUAACCAUUGGGCUUGACUUAGGCCUGGGCUAAACGUCGAACUUUUCAUGAGACGAACCAAACUCUAAUUUGGGUAAGUUAGGAUCGUUUUCUGGUUGAGACGUCGAGAACCAAUCAGCUGAAUCUGAUGAAAAAGCAAUUUGAAUAAAUUUUCUCCCGAACGAGGCUAAAUAUACAAUAUCAUACAACUAUUUAAUUUAUCAGUUUAGUUCUUCGCAUGUGAAUAUCAGCGUUUGUCCCGGUUACACCUUCAGACGUUGAAGCAGGCAAACAGAGCGUGUUGAACGAUCCCGCAGACUCAUUCAGACGAACUUAACUGAGCCAGACGUCGAGCCGUUUUCAUGAACUUAACUCACUAAGGUUGGCUCGUCUCAUGAAAAGUUCGACGUUUGGCCUGGGCCUUAGAUCGGCUGCAUGCUGGUUUUCGCUGUAGUGUGAUUAAUAUUGUGUAGUUUAUGCGAAUUUUGUAUGUUAAGUUUUGUGUCUGUUUAUCUUUUUUUCUUUUCUUUUUUUGACAGCUUAUUUCCUCGUGGUGGUUAUAUCGCUUACACUGUUCUCAGGAUUCCUAGUAGUACUUCCAGGACAUUUUCUGCAAAACUUGUUUCUGGUAAGAAAUAAUAAAAUUCUCUCUGACCGCGGCCUGUAUCUUUUGACGUUGAGUCGUGGAUCAACCAGUCAUGACUUGGGGCUUCUUUAAGCGGUGACGGCAAGUAACUACCACUCUGCGAGCGAGCAAAGCCUCAUUUUGUGUUAUUUUUUAUGGAGGAAGAGAAAAGACGGCUCUGUUUGAAUUGCGUCUUGUUUUCCCUCGUCAAACUGGUUUUUGAGUGUGAGCAUCUGUUUAUUGAUAAACCGAUGGUUAUAACUGAGCCCACUGUACCAAGCGCACGGCUAAAACUGGUCCCAAGCAACACGCAGUGCAUGCUCCACAAACAUCUUAUUCGAUUCACGCAGAGUCUUUCUCUUGUAAGCCAGAAAAGCUUUGCUAGCAAGGUGAGACUGACCACCUGGUUUAGAUUAUCAAAAAGCCAAGACAAAAUACAGAGAAAUUUGCCCCGAUUUCUUGUCCAGCUAUGUCGAUAAUGCUGGGUACUUGCAGACUUCAGUAGUACCCCGCUUAAGGACAGUCGCUUAUCAUAGACUGUUCUCCUUGUCUUGAUGGAAAGCUCACAUAUUUCAGUUGACGGCCAUACCUUGGUUAGUUUCUCACGCUGCCGUUUUUAGCUCGUCACGCGACACAAAAACAGCUGCGUGGGAGUGUAUAGCUCGGUUCAUACUUACAACCGACACCUUAAAUUAUAUAGCGACUGAAACAUUACCUUACAAAAGUAACCACCCUUUAUGUAUACAAUCAACUCCCGAUAAUUAGAACCUUCUGGGGAAAUCGAAAAAAGUUCGAGUCAUCGGGAGUUCGGGACAAAUAACCGGAAAUAGGGAAAUAAGACAAUGGAUGGGGAGGGAAUGCGAGUAACAUGCACUCUUCACUCAAGGGCAGCAAGAGAUCUAGAUUGAUAUUUUUGCAAAGAGAAUGACGCAACAAAGCUUGAUUAAGGACACUGGAUUUGAACUGGAGUGACAUAAAAGUACAGACAAAGAAUUGAAACGAUAUAUCUUACAAAUGAGAUCCUGCAGAACGGCCAAUCACACAUUCGAACGUUUUAUUUAAUAUUUUAGCGACAUUACAGACAGAUUGAACAGACAUCAAACACCGUUCUUGAAAUAGUCUUCGCGUUGAUAAGACUUCUGUUCGCAACGCGUUUCCCUGCUAUGCCCGGACACCCGAGUAAUACAGACACUUACACAAACGCUUUUGCCCUUUGGUGUCCGUAUAACCAGCUUCCACUGUAAAAACAACUACACCUGAGCCGUUUCUUCUAUCUUUUCAAUUUCAGUUAGCAACCCUGCCAGAUAUGGUCUUUCGGCUCACCAUUGUCGGCAUUGCUAUUUGUAAUUUUCUCAUUUCUUUAUUUAUCGAGGUAAGUGUGAGAGGUUAAGAUAAUGUCCUAUUUAUCCAGCAUUUUUCUUUUGCUUGAGAAUGGCUAGGGAGGUAUGGUGCACGUUUGCAAUUGAGUAGCCAAGACCUGGCCGAGACCCACUUGACCGACUUAUCCUGCCUUUUUAGUACUUACAAAUGCUCUUCCCCCCACCCUCCUCUUCCCUCACCCUAUCAUAGCAUUAUGAUUCAUACCCCUGUGUAGAAAGAUCAACAGAAUGUGAUUGACUUAGGAAAUGCAACGCUUUUGAUUAGGCUUGUAACACGUGAGGUUCUGUUCUUGCGUACAUUUUAUAACCGCGCGACCGGACAGCAGGGAGCAGUAAUACAUUCGCUCUUGUUCUUUUUGAAAUCCUCGCCAUUCUUUUUAGGAAAUGGUAAUGAAAAUGUCGAGGAAGAUUUAUACCUAUACCCAUUUUUUUAUUCCGGCUAUUUACAGGACGUCCCAGAAGGUUCGUGCCCCUGAUUUUGACCGAAUUUUCAUUAAAAAGCUUUGUUUUUCUCAGAGUUCUGGGGUAUUUUUGUGUGGGUGAGUUUUAUUAGCCUACGUGGCUUCCCUUGGUUUCAAUCCCAUUUUCAGUCGUAAAGGCAUCCAUUGAGAUACCUCUUGUGGUACGGUACUUUAAUCUGAGCUUCUACCGUUGUAUUGUUAUAUUGAUAGCAUAUUUAUGUGCUAAAGGUUCUCGGUGGGAUUGAUUUUUGUAGAAUUUUCUGGCCUUUUUUCUUUGUAAAAAAAACUGAUGGCAGAUGCUUGUUUUCGUAAAAAAAAAUUAUUAUUUUUAGCUCCAAGGGUACUCAUCUAUUUGAAAUAUUGGACUAUUUGACUAACUACAGGGCCUCACUGAAUAUCACUCUUUGUGAAGUGAGCUCCCUGUAUAAAGAUUGUUAUUAUUAUUAUUGUUAUUAUUAUUAUUAUUAUUAUUAUUAUUAUUAUUAUUAUUAUUAUCAUUAUUAUUAACAAGUUGCCAAAAUAUUGGCGGGAGAAAAGUUUCGCGUGAUUCCAAAUUCGCAUUUUUAGUGAAAAAGAUGAUAGAAGGGAAGAUUUAAAUACCAAAAUGCUGGGAAACCGCCGCGCGGCUAACUCAGUUGGAAAAGAACACCGUUUUACUCUGAUCCGAGCGGGGGUGAGGCGGGAUCAAACCACGGUCGGACCUCCAAUCAUAGACAGUUAUAAAAACUUGGAAGAUCUUGUUUGCGGUGAUUGAAGACGUUCCCUCAGUUCAGAUGAUGGCGUCAUCAGGCAGUGACGUUUUUAUCUGUUGGCCUUUUCUCCUACUCCUUUUCUUUCGUUAUUUAAUUCAAGAAACACGUCAUUCAGAUUGUGGGCUGGGUGGGUCAUAGUUUAAGCUCUUAAAUGAACCGAUAGCCGCUGCCAGUGGCGUCCUUGUAUGCUAACGUCCAAGCUUACUGUUAGCAUGUCAUGCGGUGUGAAGGGAACACAUCUGUUGUCCUCCCAUCCGCGAAAUUUUAGUCAUUUCAAUUUAAAUUAGGUCGGAAACAUUUGAAUAACUUGGUAGUCUUUCUGGUUAACGCUUUCAAUUCCAGUUAAAUGUUUUGUUACUUGUUGAUGUGCUGUCAUAUAUAUAUGUAUUUGUACAAUUGAGUAUUUAUUUAGAAGAGAGGAUGUAUUUUUUCUUUGAUCAUUAGUCAGGCACGCGAAUGCGGUGUAGAAGGAUCUUCUUGAGUUUCCGUCAUUUUUUCACCUAAUUGUCUCUUUCUGUCUUGCCUUUGUGUUUUUAGGUGUACAUUGUCCCGUCAAGAUGCUUGAAGAAGGUGCUCAAUAAAAUUUCCCGCAAGUCGCAACCCAAGAAUUAUUUUAGAAUCUUACAGCGUCAGUUAGAACGAGAUCCCAAUUGGCCGCCUUUGCCCAGCUAGCAGUUAUUCAAUAUUUUUUUCAAUCUUGCUUUAGUUUGUUUUUAUGAAACGGUUAGGUAUUUAGAUAAUUUAAAUGGCUUCAAUUCUCCCAUCUAUCAAGACGAAAUAGUAAAAGUUGUAUAAUUGUACAUAUGUGUCGUAGUUUUGAUGCAUGGUCAUCGCCACCGUAUUGCACAUUGGACCCCACUAGUUGUCAGUGCU